GGGAGAGAUAAGAGAGAGAGAGAGAGAGAGGAGGAAAAAGGAGAGAGGAGAAGGAAGGAACAACAAGGAAGAAAGGGGACAAUACAAUCAUGCUGUGCUGUAUGAGAAGAACAAAACAGGUAGAGCUGAAGAUUUUAUACCUCUUUUCCGCCGAGAAAUUCCUAAGACUUGUGGGCUUAAUGUGCGUUGGAUCUGCGUGCAGGAGAGAAAGAAAGAAUCUUUUUUUUCUUAAUAUAGGAAACUGCUUCCUUUGCAAUUCUUUAGCAUCUUCCCACGAAAGGCUCAGAUCACACCCCUUCCAUGUAUGCAACGGAGGGGUGGUUUUUCCCUCUCUUUCUCUGCCUCCCGUGGAGUUGGCGGGUGGGUGGGUGGGGGGAAGGCUGCCUAAUGAUCAGAACUGGGGAGCAAUAAGGGGGAUAUCCUUGUUAGACACACCUGGGGGAGGGGGGUCGUGGGAAUGUACGUGGCAUAGGAUUGUCUAUUUCGGAUUUGUCGAGGGUGUGUGGAUAUGGAUGGGAGGAAGGAGAGAGGAAAAUGGAGAGGGGGAGCGUUGAGGCAAUUCCCUUUCAUACACCCCUUCCCGAGCUACCAUGUGAAUCUUAGCUGAGAGAUGUUUUCUGUCUGUGAUUGUACUGAUAGAGAUUAGAAGGAGCUUGGAAGAUGGAUGUGGGCUUUCCUUCUCUUUUUCUUUAAGCAACUUGAAGAAGAAUAGCUCUACCAUUCCUCCCAUUGCCUUUUAAAUUUUUUUUCUUAGGGGUGGGGGAAACAAAUGAGCUGCUAGGAGAGAUUAGGGGUGUGGGCUGGGGUUCCCUCUGCAAUUCCUUUCAUGCCGGGGACACUUGGACAACUGUGCACCAGCUGGUAAAAGAGACAGAGGACCACGCCUCUGUUAGCUCUCAGCUACGGUGGGAUGGGGAAGAUGGAACAGUAUAUCAACUUGGUGGAACCUGGUUAAUUUCUAGUUGGCCCACAAGGUUUGGGGGGGAGGCAAGUGGGGUUUUGUGGAAAGACUGAAAAGGCAUUUCAUUUCCAGUAAUUAAUGAUAAAAUUGUAAAGACGCCCUCAGACAGUCUUCUGCCCCUCCCCUCCACACACCUAUAAACUCCACUGCUGGUCAAUGGUCAAGUCUGCUCCAAAUCCUUCUUUGUGGAGAGCAAUUUAUCUUAUUCAUCAUGUGGUCUAACUUCUGAUUUAUUCAAACUGGACCAGGAUUUUGGUGUCUUUGAUGUGUGGAAAAAGGAUUUUGUAGAUGUAUAGGUUUUAAAAGAGAAAUCUCAGUAGGUUGGUUUUUUUUAAUAAAAAAAAUCUUGCAUCUGGCAGCUUCCUUCCAGUAUAUCAGCUUGUUCCAUAAUGCAGCAUCUAGGGUGUUGGGUGGGUGGAAACUGUGGUGAUUGAAAUGGUUAUUUGUGACUACUGAAUAUCUGGAUUUUGAAAAGCGGCAUGCCUUUCCGAGCCAACAUAUAUGUUAGAAAGGUGGUCUGGAAGAUCUCUAGGGUGGGGUUGGUGAACGGGAACUUCCACUUGCAAUAGCAUCUAUUUCCGAAUGUGUGUGUGUGUGUGUUUUAGACACACUCCAGUUGGUGGUACAUUCACUAAAUCCUGAAGCAGAGUGGACAUAGAACAUGUUGCAGUCAGCCAGCAGAGCAUAUUCAGUAGCCAUAUGUGGGAUGAAAAGGCAGCAGGAGGAAGGCAAAAAUGACACAGCAGUGAGUGGAGAGGCUUAACACAUUUUAAAAUAAGGUAGCAGCAGCCUCUGAAGGUUUUGGAAGUGAUAGGCUUGUGAGAGGAACAGUCACCAUCUUUUCAAAGGAGAGCACAUGGCUAAUAUCCUACCCACCUCAUGGUUAUGCUCUUAUACUUUUUCUAUGUAUGUGGGUGGGUUUUUAUGCUUCCUAGUUUUCAUGCACAUUUAUAAAUCUGUGCUGGAUUAAAAAAGAAAAGAAAAAGAUACUCUUUCAGACACCAGCCACACCCCUGAGUGCAUUUCCAUGGAUGCAACCAUACAUAGAGCAUUUUCCCACACAUCUAAAUAUACCUAUCAAUAUACAAUUCAGUGCACAUACUUUUGCAGACACAAAGAGACACACCCAUGCACAUACCCACUCAUUCAUACACACAGACAUAACUGCACACAGGUGCAAACCUCUAUUCAGACACACCCACACAUGCAUCUCCGUUCUACCCUGAGAGUUAUACUGCUUGUGCGCACACACAGAUCAUGCUCAUAAAACACAUGGAAGUUCAAACCUAUACGUUAUAAACUGAACCUAGAGGAAGUGAAGUAACCCCUCUCUUCCCAUCCUUGACCCUCUUCCUGCUCUUCCUUUCAACUAUUCAGAAAAGGAAAGCCAGAUAACAGACAACCAUGAUCUGAAGUGGGUGUUUCCAAAUUUAAGGGAGGUUUAUUUGCUUCCUGGGGAAUCCCCUCCUGUAUUUUUGCUUGCAAAAGGACAAAUAGCAGAAUCCUUUUUGGGGCUGGGAGUUGGGUGUGGGUGGACUCUGAAGUACAUAUCUGUUUCCAUGCAUCUAUGUUGAUCAUAUGUAUUUGAAUGUAUAUGUGGUAUUCUAGAAGGAUAGAUGUAGAAGCACAUAUAUCCAAUUUUAGCCUACCCCAUUCAAAAUCUAUGCCUAUAGUUUGUUUGUGCCUGUAACCGGAAUGCACAGAAUGAAACAUUAUACCUAACUGGCCUUGCAGAGGCACUACCUAGAUUUUUAACACCUUGGCAGCUGUAUGCCUUUAAAAAACCCCACCACCAUUAAAAUGCUGAAAGGUGAUGCAGAAGAAGAAUUGGAGAUUAUGUUUGGGUAUAUUUUGAAGAUAAACUCCUAAAGUUUAUGUUGUACUCUGUGCUUGGAAAUGUGCCUUAUAUAUAUGUUCCAUUAACCAAUGGCUGUGCUUCUCCUGUUUUCUACUAUAUAUUGGAACAGACAAAUACUAUGUGAGUAAAGUGCUCAGUAAUGGAUGGAAUGGGUGAUUAAAUGAGAGCUAGCAUUUCCCACUUGUAGGUGAGAUGAUCCUUGCCUUAUUCAUUGCUUCCCUGAUGCAAUACACUUGUGUUUGAGAGAAAGAGAGGUUUCAACCCUGCCACACCCAUGAAAUCAAAGGAAGGGGAGGGGUACAAGGAGGAGGUGGAAGAAGAAAAAGAAGGGAGAGCCUGCAUUUCUUCCCUCUUCCACAGGAGUAGCAUGGACAAGCUAGGAUCUAUCUAUCUAUCUAUCUGGACACUGUUUAAUGCAACUGUAGAGCAAUCUACAGUUAGGCAACUGUUUCAGCAAUUAGUGUUGGAUAGUGUAGUGCCUUUUAAAACACCAGGAAGGCAGAAAGGUACGGGGAAGAUGGAAAGAAAUACAGGAAUAAGCACCAGAGAGGAGGUUUUAUUUCUUCAGGGUAUCAUCUGUCUCAUUUUUUUAAAAAACCCUUACUUAUGCUGCAUAAUGCAGAGGUUGCAAACUUGCAAGGGGUGAUAUGUACCUUUAAAUACUGAGGCAGGGAGGAGGUGAAGCCAUCUCCCUUCUUUGUGGGAGGGAAACUCAAGCAUCUGCAGCUGAUUCCCCCCCCCCCCCCGAUAUAAUGGGCUACAGCAAUAUCAUCAAAUAAAGCCCACAGAACUAUAUCACUUGGCACUGGCUGUAGAUCAUGGCUAGAGCUUAUCUUGCAGACAGACAUGACAUGCGGCUUCUCAAAACUUUUAAUUUUAGCUUGAGAGGGUUUUUUUGUGGCUGGAGGCUUUUGAGGAUCUUACGUUCCAUUCAUGACUAUUGUCUUUGAAGAUUUCUUAUAAAUCAAGCAUCUGCAUGGAAAUACUCAGUCUCAGUUCUCUUCCUCCUCUCUCCCUCCCCUCCCCCCUCCCCUCCAAUUUCUGAACUCCUUGGUUAUUAUAGAAAUGGAUUUUUCAUAAAUCACUUAAUGUAACCCAUCCCCCAUUGCAUAGAUGAGCUUCCCAAGAGGUUUAAUUGAAAGCAGUUCUUCCAUAAAGUAAAAGGGAACCAAGAUGGUUAGUGGAAGAUGUCAUCCUUUCCUUGUCGGUACAACUUUCCCAUCAGCAUUCAUAGCCACAUGUCAGAACUAAAGGGGCGUUUGUGGUUCUUUGAAUUUGUAUUGAAUUGUAUUGAGUUACAGAGUUCUGACAUAAGAGUUUUUAAAGCAUAUUUCAUAAGGGAAAUAAGGCCUUCCUAAGAAACACCUUGAAAACAUGGCUAUGCCAGCACAUCUGUCCAUAACCACACCCAUAGUCAUGAUUUCGAGCUGUUUCUAGAGAAGAUAUAUGGUGUAGGGCUUUCUCUCUUAAGCUGAGCAAAAGAAAGCAGUUUUUCAAAUGGAGAUUGUAUUUCCAUGUUGGAAAGGUUUUCAGAACUUAGAAUUCUCCCAGCCACUUCUUCAGUCAACAUUUAGGUAAUAUGUAUAACCUGAGGCUGUCUUCCUGUGUGAGGGCAAGAUGAUGCGACUGUUGCAAAGGCAAUGUCCACAGAUUAUAUGAAUUCAGAAUACACCCCCUUGUCUGCAGCUCUUUUAUGCUGUGCCUAUCUUUUUCACAUUAGGUGUGUAAAAUACUAAGACCUUUGAUCCUCUCUUUCUGUGAUUCGUUUGUAAAACAGUUAUCACAUGCUGUGGGGGGCACGGCUCUGCUGGUCAGAGGCUGCGUUGAGUGCUUUGCCUUUCACUGUGCUGAAGGGUGUGGAUGGUCCAAAACCUCUGCUUGUUCUAUUCUCAAUAUGUGUAUCUAUAAAUGAUUGACUUUCUCAGUCACACAGGGAGCAUAUAAACUGCAGGUUCCAAGUGGCUCACACUGAGAAGAUGUUUGCAGCCUGGGUAGUCUCUUCCUGCCCCAUGGCGUGAUUUUAUGCACAACUCCUGAGCUUUGUUUUGUCCCACACCACAGAGGCAUACAUUAUCAAAGGGCUCAGCUUCUCCCAUGAUCUUUGAGUUUAUAACCUGCAGGCUCCUUCUUGCUGCUGUGUGUCAACUGAGAGUUUUUGACAUCCCAUUUUGAAUGGGUUCAUAUACCUUCAGGGUGCAAAGUUUUUCAAAAAAAGGACAUUGCAUUGUAUAUAGAACUUGCCCAUGCCUGACUCCCAUAGAGGCCUAGUUUUCAGGACUGCCAUCUAUUUGGAACUCCCCGUGAAAGUGAGCAAUCAGAAGUAAGGGUCAUGACUGCUCUUUGCAAUGGUACCAAGUGACUGAGUUCUGGUAGAAGGGGGUUUAAUGCAAAGGGAAAGGAUUUGGUUCACACCAGUGGUUGCUACCAGAAAAAACUACUCCAUGUUGUCUUGCCUGUAAUCUGCAAGAGUCACAGCAUAUGGGUCAUGUGAAUUACUUCCUCACCUGGUUACAUCCCAUGUCUGCACCAAGGGCUCCAAUGAAGGCAUGGCGUUAGUGUGGAAAGGAAUAGCACAACUAGAAAGUGUCAUAUGAUUCAGUGCUUGUAUAUCUUACUGCUGCACUGUGCAGACCAACUACUCAAGAACAAUUUUGGUGGGGCCCAUGAGGCUACAGAGAACCAUGCCAGAAUGGGGCCUAACUCACUCGCUGUGGAAUGGGUUUCCACAGGCAGCAAUCAGCAAAUGGAUGAAGCAGCCUGAGACCACAUUUGUCAGAGCAUGAAAACAGUUGUUAAUACCUAAAGGGAGUGACUUUCAGGGAUGUCUGAUGAUAGGCCACAUUCCCCAUGACCUGAAAGCUUCAUGUGCUACAAGAUGUGUCAGAAACCACACUGAGGAACUUGACAAGGUACUUGAAAGGCAAUAGAACGUAAGCAGCCUCCUAUGCAAGAAGGGUGUUUUGCUUUGUGUUUUUCCUUAUAGAAAUGUUGGAUAAAGAUGAGAACUAUUUCCUGAGUUAGUGCCUGGCAUGCUCUGGUCCAUGGGGUCACGAAGAGUCGGACACAACUAAACAACAACAAUUUCCUGAGUUAACAUCCAGUUAGGAUGAGAAACAGAGCAACAGAUGUUAGAAAGUUACAAUACUAAAAAAAAUGGAAGAUUCAGAAUCACACUAGUCAACAGUGUUCACACAAGUAAAAAACAACAAACAUGGGAAAUGUACUCUUCCAUGUUGAAUGGUAUGCCUGUACCUAAUCACACUGAAACAUUUCUACAUGUUAUUGACUCAUUUUGCUAUGGAAUGUGUGUUUUCCCAAGCAACACGAUUGGGGCCAAUUCCAUGGGCCUUUACUUCUCAAUCACCACCAUGCCUGAUGGGACUGUAAUAACUGUCUGGGUCUUCCUCACCUGACCACUAGCCCUUUCUCAUGUGAUUAUAGUAUUCAUACACAAGCUGUAGUUGUACUGGAUAGCAAUGCAGCAGAGCAACCUCUAUGCAAUUGUGCACAUGUGAAGGAGGCCUGGGGUGAAACGAAAACAUGGUUUGCUAAAAGGAAAGGAGCAUAUGGGUCAGUGGCAUCAGGUGGGUGGGUUUACACAGGAAUCCAAAUUCGUUUGGAAAAGCUUCUGGCCCAGCUGAGAUAGGCAGACUAAUCUUAUGCAUAUCUAUUAAGAAUUAAGUCACAUUACAUUUACAUCCGUAGUUUCCUCCAAGGAGUUCAAGGUUGCACACAUAGUUCUCUUCCUCAUUUUAUCAUCACAACAACCCUGUGAAGUAGGUUACGCUGAGAGUGAAUAACUGGCCCAAGGUCACCCAGCGAGCUUCAUGGCAGAGUGGAGAUUGGAACCCUGGUCUCCCAGGUCCUAGUCCAGGACUCUAACCACCAUAGCACCCCGACUCUCACAUUGCUGCCACACACUAGUAGAGGUUGGGAAGGUAUUCAUUUCAUACCUUCCCUUUUAAGGUCUUUGGAUCUCCCCAUGGAGCUCCAUUUUAUAAUCUGAAAAUGAUUGCUGUGUUUAAAAUAAUGUGCAGUUUUGGACCAAGGGAGAAGGAAACAGUUUCACAUAAUUCUAGAGCAAUGAAACUGUAAUAUACAGAAAUUUGCUGCAGGUCUACAGAAAGUAUUCCCCCCCUUGCUUCACGCAUAGUGGUGCGAGAGCCCCUUUUCUCUGAUGCAAUCCCAUGGCCUGUUUAACUCCAUGUGGAUGAUGCAACCCCAUGGUCAGGGCCCUUUCCCAUGGACUUCCCCUCCUGUCUAGGUACCAGUCAGGUGGGAAAGACUCGUGUGAUGUGAUAGGCUCUCCCCGUGUGCAGAAUCAGACGCAUGGAACUGCUUCAUGGGGAAGUAGGCCCUAUGCCACUGCUGCUGUGUGUGAAGAUCUUGAAGUGGACGGCUGAACUUUGGAACUCAUUGCUGAUAGGUUUGAUAAUUCCCAAAUGACUAAAAUGCACGCGAAUAAGAAAUGCAGUGCCUAAUACUGUGAAGAUGGCGAGGGAGUUCUUGCACUUUGUGAUACUUGUACUUGAGUGGAAAAUGGUAUUAGUAUUGGUCCUGUUUUCACACUGUGCUUUAACUCAGAUCAACAGAGAUUACUGAGCUAUGCCCACCAUUUUGUUAGCCAUUAGUAUUGAGACAUCUAGGUUAGGGUUGCCAUAUUUCAAAAAGUGAAAAUCCAGUCAGAAAGGUGGUUGAGCUUUUCUUUCCCAUGUCUGGCAACCCAAAGAUCCACAUUCUGGUUCUACUUUUCUCCUGCUGGAUUUCUGCUGAGCAUGUUUCUCCCUGCAUGCCAAUCUCUCUUUCUAUGACUCUGAGCUAAUACUUCGCAUGGGGAUUCUGCGUUUUAAUUUAGACAACAUUUGCAUAACUGUUUUGAAUUCCUAGAUGCAAGGUCACACAUGUUUUCACCGAGAGUCUUUUGUGUAGGGGGAAAAAAGCCCACAAUUUCGCUUCUCAGUAAUUUGUGAAAACAUUAAUUACUGGAUAUAGCUUAUUACCAGACAAGUGCUGUCCUGGCUGGAUCUCAUGGGGAAGAGAUGGGCAAAAGGUAGAGCUUUGAGUGCAAAGGAAGCUUAAAAAAGAAAAUUCAAUGAGAAAGCAGGGAGGGAGUAAGAGUUACUGCAUUUGUAGGAUUGGUUCCUGAGUCUCUGGGCCACAGAUGGUUCAUGGUUUUUGCUGAACAAAGGGAAUCUGAUUUUGAUAGAUUAUGAUAAUUCUCUUUAUUGGGUUGUAUCCAACUAAGUUCUACUUAGUAUUCUUGGGUACAAAUUGUUGUUGUUUAUUUAUUUUGUGUUGUUGCAGCAAAAUAAUCCUGUGGUGUGUAUAUGGUGCUAUACACGUUUAUUUUAUUUCUUUGAAAAUCAUUGACUGAUGUCAUCAAUCUUGUUCUCAUGGACAGAGAUUUUUUGAAUAACCCAGGCCAGAGUAAUAGCAGACUCUUUGUGGUAAGAGGUGUUCAGUGAUGAUGCAUGUGCAUGGGACGUAUGAGUCAGUUCUACUAUGGAUCUGCAAUUCCAUGUGCUUCUGCCCAAACCAAAUGAAAGCCAAAAUGUGAUAUCCUCAUGUCACUAUGUGAGAGUGGAUGAUGUCCUGUCUUGCCCAGUGAUGUCCUGUCCUGUGAGGAACCUGAUGCCGCAAGGCUUUGUCCUAUGCAGCAUCACUUACUUUUUCAUGAAGAUAGGUGCUGCAGCUGAGUUACUGGUACUCUUCCCUGCCCUAGAGCUUUCUACUUACAAUUUACAAAGCAAUUUCCACAUUGUUAGACUCUGCCUCAUAGACAGCAUCUCUCCCCUUUCUUGCCAUUACGUAGACAACCCAUCCUUCCUGUUCAUGGUAAUGCAGCAUCCCUGUGGGAAAACACACCCAUUUGCUUCUGUGGAAAAAUAGCAUUGGGAAAAUAUUGAUUUAACUGUCUUUGGUGCAAUAAAGGUUUUGUUCUUCUUGAAUAAAGUUAAUAGCACUGUCUCCUGCAGCUCUUCAUUUCCUUUUGCACACCCAUCUGUUCUGCUUCCGAUUGUUUUUCCUCUCUUGUGUGAUUCAUGUUUCCAGGUUGCUAAUCCCUGCUGUGGACCUUGUGCAUACUUAGCCCUUUUAUCUGGCCUGUCUUUUUUCUUCUGCCUUUGUUUCUCUUGUGGCCAGUUUCUUUGAACAGCCCAUCUUCGUUCUGCUUGAUACUAAAACGAUGGAGGUGAUUACACCUGCAAACCUUCCACGGAGCCUGUGGGUUUUUGUUUUCUGUGUUUCAAGCUACAUGGAUUUACGCCCUCCAACUGGAGGAAAUACAUCACUUUGUCUGUGGGCAACACCAUAACUAUCAGAGACUGCGCCUCCCAAGCAAGUCUGAAAUGGUCAUCUCUAGGGUGGCUAGGCUGGUCAAGGAUGAGGGCUUGCUAUGCUGCCACAGGCCAGUGUUCUAGGCCAGCAUUCUCUUGGCUGACAGUGGCAGAUAUAAGCACAGCAUGAUGGUUGACAAGCACAGCGUGAUGGCAAUACCCACCCACUGUCAUUAAUCCUCAGCAUCUGAUAGCCAGAGAAGUGAUGUCUCUGAACAUGGAAGUUGCAAUUUGGAUAUUAUGGCUUGCUAUAGCCAUCAAUUGACCUAUCCUCCGUGCGCUUAUUUUAUCUGCUGAAGGCAAUAAUGUCCUGUGAAAAUGAGUUCCAUAGGUUAAUUAUAUGUUGUGUGAGAGAGUAAUUUCUUUUGUUUGUCUUACAUCUGCUGUGGACGGCCUUGGACCUUUUUUAUUUUGAGAUUGUUGCCCUUUAUUUACUCUCUUCACACCAAUCAUGUUUCUCUAAAACCUACCCCUUGUCCUCUCUCGGUCUUCAUUUUUCUCCUAAGCUAAGAAGCCCUGUCUGUUUCAUUUUACAUUCUUUUUUAUUACUAUUAAUAAAAGACCCCUUCCAGUGUUUCUGCAUCUUUGUUUAUUAUGAAAAAGGAGGUGAACAUUGUCCAGAACUGCAUGUGUUGCUCUAAAUGAAGAUUAUGAGGCUGGUUGUUUAAUUUUCCAGUCCUUUUCAUAAUAAUUUCUACCAUUAUUAUUAUUAUUAUUAUUAGUAGUAGUAGUAGUAAAUUUGUAUACUGCCCUAUACCAGCGGUAUACCUGUGCCUGCACUAAUGCUGCACAAAAGUGACCCUCUGAUGAGAUUGUUGGCUGAUCAUGCUCAGUGCAUACUUUGAAGCCACUCUUGGAAUAUUUGGAUAUGGAUACUCUGGUGGAAUUGGUUCAUGCUCAUCUUAGAACUUACUGUGUCAUCCUAGCAUUUUGUUUUGAGCAGCUGGUAAUGUGCUCUUACAUUCUUACAUGUUGAAGUCUUACAUGUUGAAGGAGGACCAUACCACAUGUUUUUUUCUAAACAUCAUAUUAUAAUUUGUAGCACACACCCCAGAAUGUAUGAGAACUGUCCUGCCGAAUAAGAAGAAAGGGCCAUCUAGCCCUGUAUUUCUGUUCCCCAACAACAGUAGCCAGGCAGAUUCUCACAGGAAGCUAAGAAAUAUGGCACUGGUAAUAGUGGCACUGGCUUCUUCUUCUCAUCAUAAAUCAGGCAUAGGCAAACUUGGCCCUCCAGAUGUUUUGGGACUACAACUCCCAUGAUCCCUAGCUAACAGGACCAGUGGCCAGGGAUGAUGGGAAUUGUAGUCCCAAAACAUCUGGAGGACAAAGUUUGCCUAUGCCUGCCUUUUACUCUAGCCUUCGCUACGGUGGUUAGGGCUGAUGGGAGUUGUAGCCCAAAAUGUCUGCAGAGCACUUGGUUGGCAAAGGCUGCUUUGUUAAUUCACACAGUGCAUAGCUGAACUAUGGUAUUAAUUCCCACAAGAGGGACACCAACUUGGAUUAGACAAAUUAGUGGAGGAUAAGGCUAUCAAUGGCUGCUAACCCUGAUGGAUACAUUCUGCCUCAGCAUGCUUCUCAAUACCUGUUGCUGGAAACUGCAAGAGGGGUGCAUGCUGUUGUGUUCAGAUCUUGCUUCUGGGCUUCCUAAGGGCAUUUACUUGGUCAAUGUGAGAACAGACUGAUGGACCACUAGCCUGAUCCAGCAGACCCUUCUUAUUCUUACAGCGUGAGCAUUCAGAAGACCAUUGCUAAUUUGUUUUGUUACCCUGGCCUUCAUCUUCUAGUCUUUUUAUUCUGCACCACCUCAUUUGGUUUGGAGAUCUCACCCCAUGCCUUACUAUCAUGCCAGAUGGUUACGUAAUUGUGAACCUACUAAGCAGAACUUAGUUGACCACCACUAUGGCCUUUGAACUCUACACAAGAGUUUCAUCCGUCUAUACUUGUGGCUGUCAUCGCAUUAAAAUCCACAUAAAGUGUAUUGCAAUAAUCCAUUUGUAAGGUUAUCAGUGCAUGGCCCCCUUUAGCCUUGGUAUCCGAGUCCAGGAAUGGCUGCAGCUAAUGCUGAAGCUGGUAAAAAGAACUCCUAACCACUAAGGCCAUUUGAGUCUCCAGUGACAAUGAUGGAUCCAGGAGUACUCCCAAGCUAGGUGCCUGUUUCUUCAGAGGGAGCGCAACCCUGUCCACAACAGGUAACUGACAUACACAUUGCAGGAGGUUGGAUGAGAUAACCCUCGGGGUCCCUUCCAACUCUACAAUUCUGGGAUCUCAAGCAGUAAACGAUUCACCCACAAGGCCUCUAACUUAUCAGGAUUUAGUUUCAGGACCCUGUCACAUUUUUCCCCCAAGUGAAUCUUUCCCCCUACUGUGGAAAAUAUCCUAGUUGAUCUGAACCACUAUCAAAAGCUGCACUAUGAAUGUAAUGGGUAUCACCUUUCCGGCACUGAUGCUUGUGGGAGGACAAAUGUAUUGCCCUAAGAGGAUUGCACCGCAUACUUUUCCUGAAUGUCGCUAUAUAUCAUGUCAUUACCAAGGAGGCAGGUUUAGUCGUUGUUUGAAGACUAUCCCUGCCUCUGGGUUUGGCCUUGACCGGAUGGAUACUGGAAUCAACAGGGGAAACCCACAUGACCUGAAAGUGUUGCUGUGCAAUGCCAGGUCAGUGAUGAAUAAAACCACUGCCAUCCACGACUUGAUUGUGGAUGGAGGAUUUGACCUGGCAUGUGUGACAGAGACCUGGUUGGAGGAAGCAGAUGGGCCUGUCCUUGCCGCUGCUUGCCCACCAGGUUUCUCUUACACACAGCAACCCAGGUCAUGUGGGCGGGGAGGGGGGGUUGCAGUGAUUUUUAGGAAGUCUCUAGCUUGCACCAGGCAUCCUACUGGGAAGAUCCAGUUCUCUGAGUGCAUGUUCUGGAAGUUGGGCAAUAGGGGCAGUACAGGAUUCCUUUUGGUUUGCCGACCUCCCCGCUGCAUCAAGGAUUCCCUGUCCAAGCUGCUUCAGGUCGUGGCGGAUUUUCUCCUGGAGACACCUAGUUUGGUUGUCCUAGGGGAUUUUAACAUCCAUGCCGACACGACCUUACAAGGGGCCGCUCGGGACUUCGUGGAAAGCAUGGCCUCCAUGGGGCUGUCCCUGAAUAAGUUUGGCCCAACUCAUAGUCAUGGACAUGCCUUAGACCUGGUGUUCACCUCUAGUGACGUGGGUGAUCUGACACUAAGUAAAAGUGAAACAAAAGAAGUGCCAUGGUCAGAUCUCUUCCUGGUGCAACUGGACUUCUCCACGACCCUUCCCCUCUGCAGGGAGGUGGGACCAGUUCAGAUGGUCCGCCCCCGCCACUUAAUGGAUCCAAAUGGUUUCCAGAGAGUGGUAGGGGAUGCUUUAGCUGAUUCCCUGGUGGCCCGCUGGAAUGCGGAGUUAACCAGGGCUAUCGACUGUCUGGCUCUGAAGCGCCCUCUCCGAUUGCAUGGAGCCCGGACAGCCCCAUGGUUUUCUUCGGAGCUGAGGGCGAUGGAAACAAUCGCUGAGACGGCUAGAGCGUCGGUGGCAGAAAACUCACUCCGAAUCUGACCGGACACAGGUUAGAGCUCAACGUCGAGCCUACCAAGUGGCGAUAGCAACGGCGAAGAAGACUUUCUUCACCGCCUCUAUUGCAUCUGCAGAAAAUCGUUGUUUGAAGACUAUCCCUGCCUCUGGGUUUGGCCUUGACCGGAUGGUCAAGAGGAGACUCUUUCAGGUGGUUCGCAAUUUAACGGAACCACCUUUACCACCGGGGCCUUGUAAAGACCCCAAGAUCUCCUGCAACGAUUUUGCAAAGUUUUUUGCAGAUAAAAUCACUCAUAUUCGGAAGGAGCUAGACACCACCGUGGGAGCAGGGCCAGGGCGGGAGAGUGCUAGAGCUCUGUCUGGUCAAGUUGCAUGGAAUCAAUUUCAAUCCGUUACCCCCGAGGAUGUGAACAGGCUGCUUGGACGCGUGAAACCAACCACCUGUCUCCUUGAUCCUUGCCCAUCCUGGCUAAUAAAAGCAAGCCGGGAAGGGCUAGGCGAUGGGCUCUGCGGAGUGGUGAAUGCUUCCCUCUGUGAGGGAACAUUUCCAGAUCCGCUGAAAGAGGCGGUCAUUAAACCGCUUCUUACAAAACCAUCUUUAGACCCGGCCAGUAUGGCCAACUAUCGCCCAGUCUCAAAUCUUCCAUUCUUGGGCAAGGUGAUUGAGCGCGUGGUUGCUGAACAACUCCAGGCACGCCUGGAGGAUGUGGACCAUUUAGAUCCCUUCCAAUCGGGAUUCAGGCCUCACCAUGGGACUGAAACUGCUUUGGUCGCGCUGGUUGAUGAUCUCCGGCGAGCUAGGGACAAAGGUGAGAGUUGUUUCCUGGUUCUGCUGGAUCUCUCAGCGACCUUUGAUACAAUUGACCAUAACAUCCUUCUGGACCGUCUAGAGGGGCUGGGAGCUGGGGGCACUGUUAUACAGUGGUUUCGCUCCUUCCUCCUGGGCCGUGUUCAGAAAGUGGUGGUGGGGGAUGAGUGUUCAGACCCCUGGGCCCUCACUUGUGGGGUGCCUCAGGGUUCUGUCCUCUCCCCCAUGCUUUUUAACAUCUAUAUGAAGCCGCUGGGAGAGAUCAUCAGGGGAUUUGGACUGGGUGUCCAUCAAUAUGCAGAUGAUACCCAGCUCUACCUCUCUUUCAAAUCAGAACCAGUGAAGGCGGUGAAGGUCCUGUGUGAGUGCCUGGAGGCAGUUGGAGGAUGGAUGGCGGCUAAUGGAUUGAAGUUGAAUCCUGACAAGACAGAAGUAUUGUUUUUGGGGGACGGGGUGGGCUGGUGUGGAGGACUCCCUGGUCCUGAAUAGGGUAACUGUGCCCCUGAAGGACCAGGUGCGCAGCCUGGGAGUCAUUUUGGACUCACAGCUGUCCAUGGAGGCGCAGGUCAAUUCUGUAUCCAGGGCAGCUGUCUACCAACUCCACCUGGUACGCAGGCUGAGACCCUACCUGCCCACGGACUGUCUCGCCAGAGUGGUGCAUGCUCUAGUUAUCUCCCGCUUGGAGUACUGCAAUGUGCUCUACGUGGGGCUACCUUUGAAGGUGACUCGGAAACUACAACUAAUCCAGAAUGCAGCAGCUAGACUGGUGACUGGGGUGGCCGCCGAGACCACAUAACACCGGUCUUGAAAGACCUACAUUGGCUCCCAGUACGUUUCCGAGCACAAUUCAAAGUGCUGGUGUUGACCUUUAAAGCCCUAAACGGCCUCGGCCCAGUAUACCUGAAGGAGCGUCUCCACCCCCAUCGUUCUGCCCGGACGCUGAGGUCCAGCGCCGAGGGCCUUCUGGCGGUUCCCUCAUUGCAAGAAGCAAAGCUACAGGAAACCGGGCAGAGGGCCUUCUCGGUAGUGGCGCCCGCCCUGUGGAACGCCCUCCCAUCAGAUGUCAAAGCGAUAAAUAACUACCUGACAUUUAGAAGACAUCUUAAGGCAGCCCUGUUCAGGGAAGUUUUUAAUCUGUGAUAUUUUACUGUAUUUUUGGUUUCUAUGGAAGCCGCCCAGAGUGGCUGGGGAAACCCAGCCAGAUGGGCGGGGUACAAAUAAUAAAUUAUUAUUAUUAUUAUUAUUAUUAUUAUUAUUAUUAUUAUUAUAUAUCUGUAGCAUCCUAAGAAUGUAAGAGCUGUCUUGCUGGAUCAGAAUAAAGGAGCAGAAUAAAGGGCCAUCUGGUCAGGCAUUCUGCUCCCAACUCUGACUUGGCACACAAAUUGGACUUAGUAGAGACAGCCUUUAUCAUAACAGUUCCAGAGUUUCCAUUUUGUAAUGGAAAUGUUAAUGUCACUAUAGGUCCUGUUUGGCUCACCUAAUAUCCCCCUCCACUCCCAUUUUGUAUUGUCUGAAUUUGCAAAUUGGCAAUGCAAAUGGAACCUGAGACCAUUACACCAUGCUAUUUGUUCUAAUCAACUGAUAAUCUAGGGGCACUAAUACACAUUAUAGCGUCCAUAAAGGAAGAUUAGCUUCCCUUCAUUUGAAGCAAUAACCAAUAGAGAAAUUUGCUAUUGUCUGUUGAUGGCCCUGUUAUUUAUUAAUAUUUAUUUGCUUAUAUUUAUAGCUCCUUCCUAACCAAUUUGGAAGUCAGACCACAUAACAGACCAAAUAAUCUCUUGUCAAUGUACCUCCAUCCACUCACGUCCCUUGCCUUCUGAGCUGUCUGGCUGCUCUGGACACUUAACCUUUCUGCAGUCCUCUCCAACUACCCUUAGACUUCACUCCCCUAAACCUAAUCAGCACUCUUCCAGCUGCUGCUUGUGUCUUGGGGGAAAGGCAUGGGAAAGAUGAGGGUGUGGGAAUUCCCUUGGUUGACAUAUGAUCAAGCCAAUUGAGCUCCUAGUAGGUAGAAAGCUCCAGUUGACAACCUGUGCAUGGUUGCACUCAAGCCCAUCACCUACCCUUUUGGGCCCCAUCACUUGAUUUAGGUCUCCCCUACUGCAAAAAAGCUAAUGCUAUUCUAGGCCACAUCAACAACAGUAUAGCGUCCUAAUGAAAGGAAGAAUAGUACCACUCAUACUGCCUUGGUCAGACCACACCUGGGGUACUGUAUCCAGUUCUGGGUGCCACAAUUAAGAAGGAUAUUGACAAUCUGGAAUGUGAACAAGAUGAUCAAGGGCCUGAAAUCCAAUCCUUAUGAGGAAUGGUUGAGGGAGUUGGAAAUCAAUUCAAUAGGCCUGUUGGCACAAGAAAAGUAUUCAGCAGGACCCUAAGUCUUAGCAGUGAGGAAGCCUGCCGAAUCUUAUGGUAUCUGGGAUUGGGGGGAGAUUUGGAGUUUGAAGUACCCUGAUCCCAGUUUCCACAGUCCCAAACUUCCCCACACAAACAUAGUGAAGCGGAAGCGGAAUAAAUAAGUUCCUGCAUUGUACAACUUCUCAGGGCCAGAGAAGCAGUCACUGCAGGAGCCGAACAGUUUCCACUUACUACCCCUCUUCUCUGGCUAGGAAGGGACAGCAGAACACUUGUGUCUCUCCCUGAAAUGGGCUUCACAGAACAUCCUUCAAGGACAGGUGCUAUAGUAGUUCUUUUUCUGAGCCAGGCACUGGAGCAGGAGCAAAGGAGCUGAAAUAGAAGCAGUUCUCCCCGGAGCGUCUCCCUGGAGCUCAGCUUGGGAAGGCCUACUGUAGCCCAGGGGGACUGACCACAGCCAUCUGCUUGAGAUGGUUGCUUUCUAGUUCGAGCAGAAUAACUGAACUUUCAUUGUCAUGAUCUCUCUCUCCUUUUGUAGGUUCCCUCUCCCCCACUUUACCAAUCUCAUAUUACUGGGUGUUGCCACUGCCGCUGCUAUCUGUUGGGCACUGACCUGUGACAGGGCCUUCUUGGUGGUGGUUCUCCACUUGUGGAAUGCUACCCUGGUGAGCUGUGUUGAUCUUCCUUAGGAGGAGUUCUCAAACAUUCCUGUUAAGCCAGGCAUUUGUUGGUUAAAAGAUGCUAUUCUUGGCAACGUUCAAAUUAAAUUAUUAGCUAUGCUUUUAACUAUCCUAACAUUUUACAUCUUUUUAGAUGUUCUUAAAAGUUUUCGGAUGUUCCUGUUGUUUUUAAAUGUUUUAAGUAUGUUUUUUAUUUUACUUUUAAUUGUGUUGUUUUGUUGCUUUGGUGCUUGCUGCCAUGGGCUCUCUUGGCAGCAAGGACGAGAUAGAAAUUUAAUACAUACAUACAUGCAUGCAUGCAUGCAUGCAUACAUACAUACUAAAUUAAAUUCUUGGUGGGAAUUGGCAUUUAUAUAGCUGCAUAAACAUGGUAAUUUACAGAAAUGAGUGCAAAUCAAACCAAUUUUUAUAUAUUGACCCCUUCUAAAUUUGUGAGAGAAUGGUGGAAGGCAGAAUGAGAUUUGAAUGGAUUUCAAUGCAUCUGCUCCAGAAUGAUGCCUUUUAAUAGAUUCAGAUCACUAUACAAACUAGUAAGCGACAACAAAUUGAGCAAUUUGAUCUCCGCUUUCUUAAAUACCAUGGCAACACGGUUGAGUACCAGAUUUCAAGGGCCAGGUCAGUUCCCAGAAUAUAACUGCUUCAACAGAAAUAACACAAGCGACAAGAUAGAACACCACUGCUUUUUGCCUACAGCUCACAGUUUAGGGUGUUGUAAUGCAUCACAAUGGAACUACAAACUGUUGUCAAGAGUGAUCUGCUGGGGAGAGCAAAGAAGUCACAAGGAGCUGACCUUUGCUGGCACAUAGACAGCUGGAUAACCUAAAAAACCUACUCACCGCUCAGAAACAUAUAUUGCCAAAUUUAUGACAAGAAAUUGUAACAGACUGAAAUGUUGGCUAUGGCCUCUGAUACUAUAUUUUGACUCAGUGGUACUGUCCAUUGUACCUGUACCUGCAUGCCUAUCAAUGUCAGCAAUUCGCACUGGAUAACUACCCUAUCUUUUAAAUGUAGUGACUGGGCACAGAUCAUAUACAAAGAGCGAGAACACCAAGAAAGGAGUGGUGUCCACAGUAUUGCUGAUGUGAGUUACAGUUCUUUGGAACAUCAAAUUGUGUGGAUGCAUGGAACAUAUGACAACUGAACAGGAGUUCAAAUAGAAACUCCUCAGUAUUCUAGAAUCAGAAUAAAAAGUGAAGAAUUGUGUCUGUCACAGAUUAUUCUGUCUCUACUUUUUACAAUUUUCAUAGGAAACAUUUUCCAUUGAAUGGAUGCUAAUUUAAUUAUUAAGGAGGCUGCAGUCACAGUCACUAUAUUCAGAUCUUCAGUCUAGCAGAAUAGCAGCAGCUAAUGUGGUGUCUUCCAGAUUCUGUGAACUACAACUUCCAUUGGCCCAAGCCAGCAUGAUCAAUGGUUAGGAAUGAUGUGAGAUGUAGUCCAAAAUAGCCAGAGGACAUCACAAUGUCCUUACUCCUAGAAUGUGCAUGGUGGGCGGGGGCGGGUUAACUGCAUGCCAGCCUCCAUUCCUGACUUACAUAUGUUUUCUAUCACUACACAGAGGCCUGCAUGCACCGUUAUAUGUGCAGAGGGCUUUUAUGCAUGACCAAGAUCCCUGUGCUUUCAGGUGUCCCCCAACACAAAGACAGAGGCUUAUUCUUCUUUGUUGUAAUCUUCUUCAUUCGCAUGGUUUGGGGUGGAGCCAUGAUGUGACUCCUCCCGUGCAUUCUUUGGAAUCUAUUGGAAUAACCUUCUAGAUCAGGAACAAUGAUCAGCAAUGGUCAGUAGUUUAGCAACAACCAAAGGGCCAAAGGUUCCCCAUACCCAAUCCAAGACUCUAGGAAAAGGGCUCCUAUCUUGCUGAGUUAUGCUAGUAUAGACAGAUUUGGAGAGAAACACAGCUUUCUCCUCUGCCAAGAGAAACCUUGAAUAGAGACAAAUUUUGCCUUCUCUGCUGCUUUUUGAAAUUAUGUUCCUGAUGCCCCUUUGGGCAGACUUUCAUCCAAAUGCAGGAUUGAUCCAGUACUGGUCAAGUAGGCUUUAAGACAUUUCCUUCCAUUAUGACUACAAUUUAACAUAUCUGCUUCUAAAUGUCUGCCACUUUCUUUCUGCUCUGGCCUUAUGCUCAUCCACUUCCUGUUCCCAUUUUCGUGUGUGUGGCUUGCUCUGCCGCACACAUGUUUAUUCCGAACAAGUUAGCAACAUGCCUAAUUAUCCUUGCUGUAAGCAUCCUGUGUAUCAUUAGCUCCUUCUGCUGGGGUGAUUGUUCAUUCAUUUCUGUAGAGCAAAUACGGCUUCGAUGAUCAAAAUAGGAUCUGUGAAGACAAAUUAAGGGGAGGGCGCAUAAUCAGACUGACACAUAAAUCCCAGUGAGAAAUAUGGCGACACGAAGCUAUAUGAUAAAGUGAGCCUGGGGCACUUUUCAGUAGGUCACUGGGAUACUGGAGGCAAUGCAUGGCCAUCGAUAGCCUUCUCCAUGAAUACGUCAAACACCCUUUUCAAACCAUGUUGGUGGCCAUCUCUGCAUCCUAUGGCUUGAAUUCCAUGGUUUUAUCUAUGUGUGAAGAAAUGUUUCCCUUUGUCUGUCCUGAAUAAUUGCCUUUGUAUUUUCCUCCUAAUAUACUCUAACAUGUGCCCUCCCUCCCAAUGCUAGAUAUGGGUGGUAUUACUGAACUAAACAGUUGGGUGAGCAGAAUGACUUCUGCUUGCACAGCAGGACUGCCCUCUUCUCUUCUCCCUGCAUACGCCCCGUACCAUUCCCAAAUCUGCUCUGGAGGGUUGAGGGAACCCAGAGGACAGAUUUAGGGCAUGAGCUGGGAGAGGAGGAAAGUUAUUCCUCUUGUGCAAGGAUAUAGCUCUACAUAGCUGUCAACCUUCCCUUUCUUUGCGGGAAAUUCCCUUAUUCCAGCGCCGUUUCCCGCUGCUAUCCCGGAUUGUUAGAUAUUCUGUAGACUGUCCCCAGGACAGGUGAGGCUGCUGAUCCCUUAUUUUCGAGGCUGCUGAUCCUUUAUUUUCAAAUCUGAAAGUUGACAGCUAUGUAGCUCUACACUGAAUAUGACCUCUGGAGUCAAUGUGAUGGUGCUGCCACCAGUGUCCCUUUCCUGAUUAGCCCAUUUUCUUUUUUGCUUUUGCCUCAGUCUUGGUCACUUUAUGCUGGGGGUCAAACUAAAUAUGCCAUUUUGAGAAUGCAAUUAGCACACAUGUGUUAAUUACAUAAAUAGCAGCCGCAGGGGCCUCAGAGCAGCUUCAGGACCAUACAGGAGGGUAGAGAACUUAUUCUUUUCCUGCCACAUUCUGAACUAAAGCCACAAAAAGCAGCUUCAGAGAAGCAUUUCAAGGGCAAGCCUCCCUAGGGAACAUUGCUGCUUGAAAUGCAAAUGGCAGCUUUGGAAAGCCAAUUUUGUCAAGUUUGUGACAGGGAAACAAAAAUGUGUGUGUUAACUGCAUCCAUACAAUUAAAGUUGCACCUAGUUUGGUUUCCCCCCCUGACAAAUUCCAUGUAUAAUUUUGUUGCUCAUUCACCCAGUCUGAAGAGAUCUUUUUCUCUUCAGUCCACUUAGGUAUACACACGAUUCUAAAUACUUGAUGUCAUCUGCAAACUACACGACCUAUCUAUGCUGUUUUCUUCUACUGUGGUUACUGCUUAAAGAAACAUAUUUUCAAUCUAUAAGAGGUUUACAGAAGAUACAGAGAAAAGGAGAAUUACCCAGAUAAUCCAUCCCGGCUGCUUUUAGCACUGUAUAGUUCCAGACCAGCAUUUGUGAAGUAAACAUGGGCCUACAACAACAACAGCAGAAGAAAAGUCACUUGGAGGAGGGUCACUAUCAAGGGAAGAGUUAAGCACACCUAUUCCCUUUGUGCUACCUCUGCUUCAAAGCACUUUGCAGUGGUGGGAGGACUUUGUGUGGAAGGUUAGCCCAAGAAAGUUAUAGCCGCAUGAGAGAGACUUGUACUUGUUCUAAUAUCCUUGCAUACCAAUGCAAAGUGAAGAGCUGCACUUUUCUGGAAUCUGCUGGUUCAGGGUUCUUCCCCCCCCCCUUUUCUUGGAGGAGAGUGUCGAAGAAAAGCAUGCAGGCGAACCCUGUGUGAAUGCUGAGAGAUAAUGCAAAAGAACUCUCUCAUUUCACACAUCCUGUCCCUCUCUGUACCUCCCCAGUUUACAGGCACCCACUGAUGGAUCUCUUGCCAAAAACCAAGAACAACUCUUGAACCAUUUUCCUGGGGGAAAGGCCUUCCCUCCAGACCCCUGUGCUUCUUAGCUUUAUCCAGCAUUAGUUGCACUUGCUCACAGCUUCCGCUUACCUGUAAUGUGGCCCUGGGGCAGCUGGUAAUGGAACAUGUACAGUGCUUUGCUCCCCCCUGGCAGUUUCUCUGUCAGAAGUGACCUCGGGCUUUUCUUUGUGCUGGAACCUGAGCAGGAGCUAGCUGUGUCCUAACUGACAUUUCCAACUACAUUCUUACUCAUGCUCCACUGUUCUCUCCCUUCCCAUGGAAUUCAGAAGGCUUGAUUCAGUCAAACAUGCUCAGAAUGUAAACAUGGACUCAUUUCAAUACACUUGAAGCCAGCUAGAACCCUCAAGAGAAGUAUUUGGGGUCUCUCUCUCUCUCUCUCUCUCUCUCUCUCUCUCUCUCUCUCUCUCUGUACUUUGGGGGGCAUAUAUUGCGCCCUGUAUAUUUUUCAACAUUUUAGCAGUCAGACAGUUAUGCUUAAAGACCUAAACCAAGUUUCUUCAAUUCCAGCACUACGUACCUUGAGAUUCUGUCCAUGGACAACUUGGCAAGUUGCUAGUCUGAUAGAAGACAAAUAAUAUAUCCCCACAAAGGUCAAAAACAAAUAACUUUUAAAAAAUAAGUAAAUAAUUUGCUUUUCUAUUAUAUCUUGUCGACAACACAUGCUAUGACUGUAACAUAGGUCAAAAACAAAUUUCUGAUAGGCUGGACAAGAAACCAAAGAACUUUUCUGAGCCCACAAAAAAGCAAUACUGUAAUCAGUAUUUUAUUCUGCAUCUUUGCUCUGACUUCUCAGUUAACAUGCAAAUAUUUUGAGGCCGUGUCUGAGUUGAUAGCUCUGUGCACAUAAAGAAUGUUCAUAUCCGUAGUUACCAAUGCUGUGGUUUUAAAAGCAUCUUGGGAUAGGCUUAGAACAUGUAAGGAGCACAAUAGAUGCUCCGUGUUCUCUGCAGGCUGCCUCAUCCCCUUGCAUAUCACGUCUGGCCAUAGACACACCUCCUGUGUGAUUAGUGGCAGGUUAGUCCUCCAGUCUAUUGUCUGGGAUGGAGGAAGGAAGGAAGCUUUGCUGAAAGCAGCCACGUAUUAACACAUCAGCAUCCAAAUCAAUAUCUUCCCUGACAGGACUAAUUCCACAGAGACAUGCUGCCGCCAGCCACGCUGUAAGGGAAAGCCGUGCUGGUCCGGGGGAAAUGCAGAUGUGGAGGUGCCUGGGACCAUGGCAGUCCUGGGACUAACACAGCUGGUGUGUAGGAAUCGCCGCAAAGCUGCAUGGUUUGCUAGGGAAAAAUGCCCUUGUAUCAAGCUUGGACAGGUUUGUCUCCAAUUUCCUGCUUCAGUAUCGCUUGUCUGUGUGCAUCCCUCCUGCAUCACCCCUCUGGUACUUUCUCUUUGUCAUUGUCUGUACCGUUUUGCCUUUUGCUCUUGCUCAUCUUCCUUCAUUUCUUCUCCUCAAGGUCUUAUAGCACAUACUCUUUCCUUCAACCAUUUCCCUCCCAUCUUUCUCAUUGACUUCUCAAUCCCAGUCAAUCCAGGGUGGCUUUUGCAGGCAGGGGGGGAGGAAAGGCGUGGCACGUGUUGCUUAUGUUUGUGCUGAAAGGGUGGAACUUCCUUUCAUCUUGUGGUUGCUGCCAGGUGUCGGGAACAUAGAUCCAACUGCACAUUCCGAACCCGUCCGCCAAGCUACCUGCUUCCCCAGCCGUUGGGAAUUCACCUGCCUCCCCUUUCCUCUAAUUGCUUGGGAUGUUUGUUUGAUUUAACGAACCCGUAAACACCACCUCAGAAUGUUAAUUGCUCCUAUUUCCAGUGACACAAAUUAAAAACACUACCACCACAAACAGAGCACAAGCAAAACAGGAGCAGAGAGGAUACUUUGUUGAACCUGGCACCCUUCUGUUCAGUGGAUGGAGUGAACUUUGCCAUCAGCAGCAGUAGCUCAUGCUACACCCGUAUAAAGCAAAGUUCAAUGUUCAAGCAUCCCAAGAAGAACUGGUACCCAAGCAUCAUUUGUCUGGGCACAUCUGGUGUAAACUUGUAAUAUGGGCCCCUUUCCUCUUCCUCUCAGAAGGCUUCGCCUGCCUGAUUUAUUAAAUAGGGUAGGUUGUUUGAUGUCAUUGAGCUUUUUGAUUAGCUCCCUUUGUUGGAACUGCUUAGCCAAGGCUGUAAACCAAGCAAAGGCAAACUCGGCCCUCCAGAUGUUUUGGGACUACAAUUCCCAUCAUCCCUGACCACUGGUCCUGUUAGCUAGGGAUGAUGGGAGUUGUAGUCCCAAAACAUCUGGAGGGCCGAGUUUGCUGAUGCCUGCUGUAAACUAUUAGAGGCAGAAAUCAAAGUUCCAUCUCCUACAGAUGCAACUGGUUCUUGUACCUUUGGGGGAUAGGAUCAGGAAAACUGCUCUUUUUAUCACUUGUGGAUGCUCUGACCAUAGUAACAACAUCUGCCCUGGCAUAGAAGAAUCCUGCUAAGAUAGCUGCAGGGCGGAGGAGGCGGAAGCCACAGUCUUCUAUCCUGGUGCCUUCACACUAUUUAGCUGGGUUAAGCGCAACUGUCCUUGGUGCUAAAUUGCUUCCACACCUCAGAAAGCGUGAAAGGUUUUUUCCUGCCUCCUGUGCCCAUGUUUCGCUAUUUUAGUAGAUACAGUUGGCAAAUCUUUUCCCUCCGCACUUCAUUCUCAGCUAUUAGAUAUCAGUCAUCUUUGAUUUUUAUAACAUGAUCCUUUCGUUCUGUCUGACAAAACAGCUGUACGGGGAUCCUUUGGAUAAGGCUGAAAAUUUUUGUAGUUGCUUUAAUUAGUAUUUGUAUCCCUGAGCCACUGCAUGUGUGGGUGUAUUUGAUUAUGUGUGUGUACAUACUUUUUAAAUUAAUAAAAUAAUGAAAAUGAGAAAAAGGUGGUUAGUUGCCUCCACUCCCCAAGUUUUACAACGUAGGAAUCCUAGAUUGUCUCUGUUUCUCGAGGGGGAUAGACCUACCAACUAGAAAAGGGGAUUAUCCUUCUGUGAAUCCUGCUACUCCAUUAGCAAUCAGCCUGAAUAAUGGGGAAAGGUACAUUUUGCAUGUGACAAUUCCGUUCCCCCACCCCUAGCCAUUAAUUACAUAGGGAGCUUAUAUCGGAUCACAAUUCCUUGUUUAUCUUGCCUGGCAUUUUGUAGUCGCUGUCAUAAAUCUUCAAUGGCUGGAGAUGCCAGUGGUUGAACAUUGGACCCUCUGCAUACAAGGCAUAUUCUCAACCACUGAUCCCGCUUCAUUGUUCAUCUGAACCUAGGAAUCUGCAUAGAAUUAGAAAGAGACUCACAAAAGGGCCGGAAUUCCUUACAAGCUGCCCUUGUUCCAUGGCUGGAUGAGCGGGAGGCCUCAGGUCCUCUGAGAACUGGUUUUGGAUAUUUCAUCAGAAGUACAAGGUUUGCUUGCUUACAGAAGCCAAGCUUCUCUUGCAAUGCCGAAACCGAUUCUUAUAAAUGUCUUCUCCAUUUAUUUCACUGGAACUCCACCCGCCUCCCCAGCCAGGGGACUUUGCUCCCUAAGACUUUUCUCCCCAAAUCUUGUUGUUCAGUCUCUCUUACGUCUUUACAGGAUUAUGAAACCUAUCAUUUAUGAUCAGUGCUCUUCCAAGGUGUUUGACGCCUCCACAUUCUUCAUUUACCCCAUUUCAAGUCACGUGCCCCUCCCCCCAUCACUUUAUGCUUCAUAAAACCAAACGAUUGGAUCCACGCACUUGAAUGUAGGUCUUCCAGAUACAAAGAGUGGUUGAUUGUGGCCACACAGAAGAAGUGAAUCACUUCACUUUUUUCACCUGUGAGGCUGGUAAAAGAGCAUCUAUCUGUGCAUUUCUGCUGCAUCUUCCUCCUAGAGGGAGGAGAUGAAAGUGUUCUUCUCUUCCAUGGGAGGAAUGAUGCCAACCCAGACUCCUUUGUUGGUGGUGUGCUCCAUGCUAUGGGAUCAAUGGGGGAAGAUGGCUCUGGUAGUUCCUCUGGUAGUCCUUGUUGCUGAAACACAUUACGGUAAUUCUUCCCCCUAUCAGCCCUGUAUUAACCUGAACUACCCAUCAGAAGCAGAGAUGCUCCAGUGUCCUGUACCUUCUUAUUGUAAUCCAGAAAGACAGUGGAAGAACAGAUGGGAAAUGAUUGCUGCAUUUCAGUAUACAGAACUGUUGGAGAAACACACACAACAGUAGAGAAUGAUGCCAAAAUAAUGACUGCAUCCUAUCCUGAACUGGGAAUCUUAGAUAGUGAGUCAUGGAGCUACGUAUUGCAUGAAAAAGAGGUAGAAAUAUUAUGAAGAUUGUAGGUUUGAUAAUGUGGAUUGGAGAAUGAGGUUAACAAGCCUGAAUACAGUCCUUUGGGCAACUAGUAGAAGUCAUUUUGACAAGAGAUUCCUUGGAGGAGGUUUCGGGGCAUGAAAGAAGAACAGAGUGUUCCCUUCUUCCAAUAUAUGGCAGAAAGGACUCUGGGGAAUACAUGUAAUGAGGACUGACUUUCUUUCUUUUUUUGUCCAAAGAAGUUAGAUCAAUAGUGAAUUUUCUCAGGCCUGCCAACAUUCUAGUUAUGAAAUCACAGGUCUUGCCAUCUUAGUGUUUUUUUAUGUACCUCAAGCUCCUAAAAUUUAAAAUAGUCUUCAAGUUUUAGAAACUGAAAGCUUAUUUUAAAAUACUUCUAAAUAAAUUACUAUUCUUUAACGUUAACUUGUUAUUUUGGAAGCGUGACUUAGAAUUUUAAGGCCAUCCUCUGCUGUACUAACCAUGCAACAUAUGCAGACUGCCUACACAAUACACUUUCCCCCACAUUUCAGGUGAAUUGCUGCUCUAUGGAUGCCUCCAGACUGCCAGUAUUCAUUUAAAUACUGGCAAAUUGAGGUUUGUGAAGUUAAAGUGGAUUAAAGUGUUCUGACUCUCAGAAACAACAAACACAACACAAAAUAGACUUUUUGCUGUAAGGAAAGUUAUGGGAAAAUGUGGGAUGACAUUAGAUUGGUGGAAAGCCAUAUAACCUUGACACAAACAAAUCAGGGUGUGAAUGCUCAGUGAACAAUGGACAUCAUACAACGUCCGCAGAAACUUUGUGCAAAUGAAUCAGAAUGAAUAAGCUGGUUACCUGUGUUCGUGACAAUGCUGAACCAGCUUUUCUUAAAUUACUAGAAUGUAAGAUACUGAGAUCAGCAAUGUCAGUUCUGUAGAGCUCCAGUGGACCAGGAGGGUCACUGGGGAGACUGCUUGGAAAAAUAUUUGAGUCUCAGAGAAGCCAACACUCAUGGGUCACUAAUCACCUUUUCUUAGUCAGCCAUCCCAUCGCCCUAAUAAUCUGCAGGCACUCACCAGCUUAAUGUCUGUCCCAUCAACCCAUAGCAGCAUUUUCUUCCUGCUAAUGCUAGCAGGGCAUAAUGAGGCAGGCAAGAAAGCCAGCACCAAGCAGGAAAGUGACACACCAGCAGCAUGGAUCCAGGCUGCACAGGAUCCCCCUGGCCACUUCGCAGCUGGGUAUCUGACUUAACACCUUCCUCCAUUGCUGCUGGUGAAGGCAAGGCCUCCUUGGCUUUCCUCAGUCACUUGCACUGCAGUGGUAGCGGAGUCCUAUCUCCUGCAGCUCACCCAGCACCGCUGUCCACAUCUGACUCAUUGGUUCUUGUUUGUGGAUGGGGAUGUGCAUUUGCAUAUCUCAUUGAAAGUGAUCAGUGAAGACAGAUGGCACCAACAAGCAUUCUGCUGUGCUUUUGAAUGUACAUCAGACUUGUGCCGUAAAGUGAUACAUAUGCAGAAGCAUGCUUACUUGUGAGGGUUUGCUUAGCUGCAUUGGUAAGCCUGCCUCUAAGUGGGAACCACACUCAAUUGCCUUUGUGGGAACCUGUCCCUGUGUUUAGCUCCUUAGCCUGGAACAGUUUGUGUCAUGCUGGACAAACCCCUUGACCAUGUUGCAUCUGCUUUCCCAUGCUGCAGGCAGUGGUGACUGGUGUCCAUUGGACCUGGUGGGGCAUAAGGCAAGGGACCAAUGACAGGCACAAUCAUAGCCAAUGAUAGGAAGAGUUUUGUUCCCAUCCUCCUUUCUGCUGAGUUCUACAAGGGCAAAACUGAGACUGAGAAGGAAGAAACUUAUAGGCGGCACCAUCCAGUGGUGGAGACUGAAGUCAGAUUGUGAUUGGUGGGGCAGUGUUCCAUUUGCACUAAAGGAGAGAUCUCCACUGCCUUUAGGGCUGUUGGCCUUUGAACGCCUCUUGCCUUCAGAGCUCUCAGCUUUCAGGCUGCGUAUUGCUUCCUGACCACCACCUGGAUUCAAGAGCCGCCAUAUUUUGUGGGGACAACCCCACUCCUCUGCUUGUCCUCCUAAAGAAGAAACAAAAUAAAAAAAAUCAUUCCAGUAGCACCUUAGAGACCAACUAAGUUUGUUACUGGUAUGAGCUUUCGUGUGCAUGCACACUUCUUCAGAUUUCGUGUGCAGAUAUGCACACGAAAGCUCAUACCAAUAACAAACUUGGUUGGUCUCUAAGGUGCUACUGGAAGGAAUUUUUUUAUUUGGUUUCAACUACGGCAGACCAACACGGCUACCAACCUGUAACUCCUACAGAAGGAGACUGAAAAUCUAUUUCAAGUGUGGCUUUCUCCCCCAGUGCAUUCAAACAGAGCUUCAGAUAGCUGUGCUGUGCUUUUCAUCCUGCAGGAUUUCCCUGGGGCUGUGAAAGAUCUCCAGGCGACAAGCUUGCAAAUGGGUUCUUAAUGCAUUCCAAGAUGCCCAUUUGAAAGAACAAAUGUGUAUGUACAGAACAUUACCUUUGGGAGCCCCACUGGAAAUUUCAGGAUGGAUGUUGAAAAUGGAGAGGCCAUCAGAUUCAUCCAGCCUAGCAUUGUUGACUCUUACUGGCAGCAGCUCCCCUGGGUCCUGAGCAGAAGAAGGACUUUCCCAUUACUUUAUGAACAUCAAAAACAACAAGAGUGCUGUAGCUCCCUAAAGACUACUAUCAUGCUAUAAGUUUUCAUAGACUGGAGCCCACUUCACAAGAUGUAUGAAGAUGCAUACUCAGUUGCAAAUAUAUAUUUAAAUCGUAUUGUAUUAGUGGUGUGUGUGUGUAAGCAGUGAAGUCGGAGGAAGUUGAAAUGCAAGAAACAGUGACAAUUACAAUUCAAUUGGAGCUAUAAUGUAUACAAAAUAAGUAUAGUGAUAGGUGAUAAAACAAUCGAGAUAGUAAUGCUGAGUGAAUUAACACCUGUAGCAGGAUAUGAAACCAUUGUCUCUACUCAGAUCCAAAUGAAUAGAACUGAACUUCUUGAUUAAAUAUAAUCCAGGAGUUUCACAUUGGAACCCAUCCCUUGAAAUUCCUUUAUUCACAUUUGGCCUCUUCAACAUCAAUAGCAGAGCAUCCUUGUAGAAUGAAAUGUUUUCCCACAGGUUUCUGAACACUACCGUUUCCGAUGUCAUAUUUGUGCCCGUAUGAUUCUUUUAUACCUGGACUAGGCUGUUUGCCCUGUGCAGAAUGUGGAAGGGCAGUUCUGACAGAUAAUAGUAAUGUAUAUGAUGAAGAUGAACAAGUAAAUCGACCCUUGAUGAUGUGGCUGACAUUUUUGGUUCCUGCAAUUGUGUUGCCUGAUUUGGUGUGUUGGGAGGACAGAGUUGGUAUCUGGGUCAGCUUCAAGCUGCGGUUCCACAGGUUGUGUGGGCUAUUGUUGCUGGUGAGUAGCUGUUUCAGCUGAGGGAGAUGUAUGUAACCAAAGACUGGCCCACCAACCAUGGGCCAGGAGAACAAAGCAUGUUUGAUCUCACUGCUUAAAGUUCUCCCCGUGUGGCUGUAUACUGUGAAUUACACUAUGCAUCUGGUAGAUUCUAGCUUACAAAAGCUUAUUUGUUAUUUGCCACAAUACUGGUUGUUGUUGUUUUUGUACUGCAACACAGAUACUCUAGAUACCCUCUGGAAAUUGCCUUAUAUCUACCCCAGCAUUGUGUAUUCUAAUGGGCAGAAGCUCUUUGGGGUCUUAGGCAGAAACUUUCCCCACUGUCUGCUACAUGAUCCUUUUCAACAGAGAUGCUGAGGAUUGAAUCUGAGACUUAAACCUGAGACUUGCUGCAUGGCAAAGCAUGUGCUGUUGCCACUCAGCUAUGCCCCACCCUGCCCAGCCCAUUUAAAUUUUGCCUCUGCUUUCCCACAAACUGUUUGCUAAUUACCUGACCAUAGUAUCAUGGAAUUGUAGAGUUGGAAGUAACCACGGGUGUCAUCUAGGCCAAUUCCCUGCAAUGCAGGAAUCUUUUGACCAACAUGGGGCUCAAACCCAGACCCUGAGAUUAAGAGUCUGAUGCUUUACCAGCUGAGCUAUAGAGGUCUGACGAGGUCAGCCUCUCAUCAGUCUGCUGUACUCAAGGCUGGUGAAUUACUAAGAGAAGACGAAUAUGUACAUAAAAAGAGACCUAAAAGAUGGCAUUUAUUCAUGUGUAGAAGUCAAAACAGAGCUAUCCAUCAUUUAAUACCUCUUUAGGAAACAUUUAAAGCAACUUAGUGCUUAUGUUUGCACUAGAUAGAGGCUGCCAGUGUGCACUGUAGGUCAGGUCAUUUAAAACCACACUUAAAAGAAACCAUCUGAUAAAUGUACCCCUUGUUUUGGAAACAAAAGGAUAGUAUUUCAUGAUAAAUAUUUAUUUAUCUAGAGUAUUUAUAGGGCACUCUUCAGCAAUGCUCUCAGAGUGGCAGCUUGCAAUAAAAUAAUCAAACCACAAUGCAAUACAAUGAGUCAUAAACAUCUCAAUAAAACAAGACACAGAGGAGCAAUAAAUUAAGAUAAAACAGUAACAGUAAAUCUCAUCAAGCACUUAAAAAAUCUGGGCAAAUAAAAAGGUUUUUACCUGGCACAGAAAAGAAAACAAGGCUAAUGCCAGGUACCUCUAUUGGUAGAGGGGAUUCCAGAGAAUUGUUGCCACAGCAGAGGAGGCGCCUUGUCUUGCUGUCACCACCUCAUCUCAGAAGAUAUGUUGGGAAGGGCUGUUGCUUCAUGAAAGAGCACAUGCUUUGUGUGCAGAAAGUCCGGGAGGCAGAUUUAGGGCAGCACAACUGGUUCCGCCACACUGGGCGCCAAGCCUAGGAGGGGCACUGUAGGACCCUGCCACUAUGAUGUAGUGAAUUGAGCAUAACAGAAGGUGAUAUGCAGGAGCUGGGGUGCCAAAUUUUGGCCUCACACAGGGUGCCACUGAAAUUUGAAAAACCAGAGUUUGCCCCUCCAGUCAAAGCUGAGACGAGCUCCUUUCUAGAACCUUGGAGAGUUGUUGUCAGUCAGGAGUGAGCUAGGCAGGACAAUGGUCUGACUUGGUAUAUGAUAGCUUCUUGUGUUCCUAAGGUGGCAAGACUUUUUACACCCAUAAAUGUCCAUCUGAGAAUAGAUGCCCCUUCAAAGAACCUGGUGCUGAGCCACUUAGGAUUUUGUAGGUCAGAACCAAUACUUUGAAUUGUACCUGGAAAUGGAUCACUGAGAUGUGCUCCAUAUAUUUGGCCAUGCUGCUGCAUUUUGCUCUUACUGUUGAACAGCACAUUUCAAAAUUCUAAAUGAGAUGUUUAGUUGAUGCAUAUACAGAUCCAUUCUAUCAUCUAUCUAUCUAUCUAUCUAUCUAUCUGGCAUGACCUGCAAGCCCUGUGACAAGUAUAUGGCUUUUUCCAUGCAUGCUUUCUUCAGAGGCAUUGCCAAAAUCCUGAAGCUCUGGGGACGGGUCCUUUGCAGUGGUUGCCACAGGUCUGUGCUGACCAUGGAAGGAAAGUGGCAGUUCAAGCCUACAGCUCCUAAAAGCUAUGGAGAGAGUGCUUUCAAAGUCUCCUUGAAUGUUGCAGAGCAUGGGCUGAACAUAUUGGUGUGGUCAGCACAGAACAUCAUUGUAGAGUGGCAGUUGCUAUGGGAACGGUGUACCGGUGUUGAGUGAUAGGCAGCUCACCUAUCUUCCCUAAUAAGUAUAAAGUGUCUCUCUUAAGAGUUCAAAUUAUAAUAAAUAUGGGAUUGGCUUAGCAUGUUGAAUAUGGAAUGGAAGCCACAUGCUGGAUUUUCAUUCUUUAAUGCUGCAUAAUAGUAGUAACAUGUUUUUCUACUAUUAACUUUGCUUAUUACAGCAAGUACCAGGAAUGAGGAAAAUGAAAGCCUCCUGUAAUUGCUUUAUGUUUGCUAUGUGUGUUCUGCGGUAUGCUUGCCCAAACACCCUAACUAACUUUCACUGAAUGUAUUUGCUCGAGAGAUUUCUAAUCAAACCUCCCCUCUCUUUUCUUCUCCCCACAAAAGGUUGAAAAAAAUGAUGACAUUGACCAAAAGAUUGAACAAGAUGGCAUCAAACCAGAAGAUAAAGCUCAUAAGGCAGCCACCAAAAUUCAGGCUAGCUUCCGUGGACACAUAACAAGGAAAAAGCUCAAGGGGGAGAAGAAGGGAGAUUCCCAAACUACUGAUGUUGAAGCUGGUGAGAAGAAGGAGGAAGUCCUCGCCAAUGGCUUGGCGGAUGGCAAAGCUGCUAUUACAGAAGCUGCUCCAACUGAGAAUGCCCUGCCUGCCGAUGGCAGCAAAGGAGGAAGCACUCCAGCAGAUGAGAAGCAGGGGGAGGGCACAGCUGACACUGGUUCAGAACAACCUGCCACAAAGGCCACUACUCCCGCUGCCCCGUCGGAGGAAAAGUCCGCUGCUGUUGCCGCUGAAACGGAAAGUGCCACUAAAGCUUCUACCGAUAAUUCACCAUCCUUGAAGGCCGAGGAAGCCCAAGUCAAGGAGGAACCUAAACAAGCCGAAGUGCCUGCCACUGUCACUACUGCCGUUACCCCCACUGCUGCAGAAGAUGCUACUGCCAAGGCAACAGCGCAACCCCAAACAGACACAGCGGAGAGUAGCCAAACCGAAGAGAAGACAGGUAUGCUAACAAUAGCAAGGGAGGAAAGCUGUCUUGGAAAGGAGAUAAGAGUGGUGAUGUGUGAGCUAGGAAAUGGGGAUUAACAUUAGGAUUAAGCCACCAGUGGUCCUUCAUGAGAACAGGGCAGGUGUAGCUUUAAAGCAGGCAGCCAUCUAUCCUAAAUGAAAGUUGGCAGUUGACUGGCUCUGUGGUACUGCUCCAUGAUAGAGGAACCCAAUUUACAGUCCUUGGGCUUUGACAUGACCAGCAAGAGAUUUAUCUCCCUUGCUCUCCCCUGCAAACCUCAUAAGGAGGUUUCACCCAUAAGGAAAACAAACCUAUUUUCAAACAUUAUGAGAGAUACAUUUUAAGUGUUGCAAGAGAGAAGUUUCAAAAACUCUGGGCGCUCAAAAGAUUUUGAGCCUUGUCCACCAUGAUAGGGUUGGGUUGGGUGUCAUAACAUACCCACAGCCACCAGAUUAUACCAUUUAUAAUAAAGUUGCCAUAACAUCUGGCCAUUUCUGUCCAUGAUUACUGCAUUGCCUGAUAGAUCCACAACCCAGGGCAGCUGAUUUGAGGGGUGAUGAGAGAGCAGUAAAUGGUCAGCAAUUUAAUUUAUUGUUGUAUUUACACAUCCAAAAGGUGGGGAGAGGUGUUCAGGUGCCAGAAUAACUUGACCAGCUUUGGGUACUGUGUGUCUUGACUGGGCAGUGGGGUGGAGUGUGAGGUUGAGUAGUGCAAUUUACUGUUCUACCCCAGGCAGCAAACUGCCUUGGGCCAGCACAGAUUGAAUUUUUUAGUUUAUUUCAUAAAAUGCAUACACCGAUUGAUUGAAAAUCAACAACCACCACCCUCAAAGUGGUUUACAAAAGAUAAAACAGUAAAAUCAGAAAAUUUCACAACCAUACUUUUAAACCUACAAAAGUUAAAAUACUAAAAACAAAUUAAAAUCACCUCAACUUUCUAAGCAUCUGGGUAGGCUUGUUGGAACAAGAAUGUUUUUAGCAGGUGCCUAAAAGAGUACAGUGGAGACGUCUGCUUGAUCUCAAGAGGCACAGAAUUCCAAAGUGGGGGUGCUGCCACACUAAAUGAUUGAAUUCUUACUAAUGUGGAAUGGGUAUUGUGUGGCACUUGUAGUAGUGCCAAUUCCACCAAUCGAAGCUAUUGAGUGGGCACAUGCAGGGUAUAACAAAUGGACACAAAUGGCAAAAUGGCAAAAUGAUAGUGGUAAGGUCAGCUGGAGGUUUGUGGUGCAAGGGUGAUAAGGGGAAGACAAUAGGCUUUGGUGUGAUAACCCAGAAAAGGUGGCUUAUAAUUGCAAAAUCUGAAACCAGCAUAGGAAUUGUGCAGGUGGGCUCUAUACUGGAGACUUAAACUACUAGUGUUUCCCUCUCCCCAUCUAGCUCAAGCAUCCUGUUCUCAAAGUGGCCAACCAGCAGUUUUUGGGAAGCCGGCCAGCAGAACCUGAGCAAAACAACACUCACCCCACUUGUGAUUCUCAACAAUUAUUAUUUAGGGGCAUGCCACACAGCAAUUAUGGCUAGUAACCAUUAAUAGCCUUAUUCUCCAAACAGCAAUAAGCAAAUAGUAAAAUGUACAGCGUAUCAGGCAGAAAGAGCAGCCAAACUGAAAUGUAUCCAUUCCUCCUUGGGUCAUGUUUUCGUAUGGCUCGAUUCCAAAUGACUUCAAUGGAGAUGGGCCAGAGAUGAUUUUGAAUCACAGUUUCUGCCAAAUUGAUCUGUAAAUCUCAUGGGAAAGCAAUGUCUCCAGUACCAUAAAGCUAGUAAUCUAAAACUUUGAGUGGGAUGAACUGAAUAAGCAAGGACACAUAGGUUAUGUGUAUAAUAAACUUCACAAUUCUGGUUGACAAGGGUAAAUUAUUUUCAGCAGGAACUGAGCUUUUCUUGCUGGGGCCAGGGAGAAGAAAGAGGUGGGGGAAGGGAUGGCAUAGAAGAUGCUUAGGGGCAUUUUCAGUCAAUAGGCAUGUUGAAAGAGGCUGAAAAGCUCAUUUGCUCCCGUGUAGUCCAAUUAAUCUCUGUGGCACUGUGCCAGAGCAAAUGGGCAGUGGAAUAUGGUCUGUGAAUAGACACUGGGUGCAGAUGGCCCAUCCUCAACUAUGGCAAACCUUGCACGAUCCUCCACUGAGUUCUGAUUUAAAUAUUCCAUUCUUUCAUUUUCUGAAUCAACCAAUAGGCAGAGAGAGGCUUGUCUUGUAACAAUUACAGUGGCGCCAUACACAAGGCAAGCAUGGAAGCUUGGUUAUGCCAUGUAUCAGUUUUGAUUGUAUUAUGAAAGCACAGUGCCAUGUAUGCAUUGUGUUACAAUAAUACCAGUGUAACUUACUGUGAGGAGGCCAAGAAGCCUUAGGUUGCCCAUGGCUUGGCUCUAAAGUUGUCACUGAACUUCUCCCUCCAGUGAAGUUUUUCAUCAGAAAGAUAGCAAGGGGUGGGAGGAGAGGAACAAUGACAAAAUAAAAAACUUAGAUUCAACAGCCCAGUAAAUUGGCAACAUUGCUAGGUAGAACUGGUUCACCCAAACUAUUCAGCAACUUACGCCCUAAAUAGCUGAAAGAUUGCCUCCAUCCCUACAGCCUCUCUUGGGUAUUAGACUCAGGAGAGGAGCUUUCUUGGUAGUUCUGCCACCCUCAGAAGUGCAGGAAAUGCAGCCCAGGCUUUCUCUGUGGCAGCCCCUACAUUGGAACACCUCUCUGCAGAUAUGCAUCUUGCAUCUUCAUUAUACAGUUUCAGCCGUAUGCUGAAGACAUACCUCUUUGUCUUGGACUCUGAGAAUUCAGGUAUUUUUGUGGGACCCAUCCCCUCUAUAUUUGGGUUAAACUAUAUAGCACUGCUUUUGCUUCAGAUUGUUUUACUUGCCUUUAUAAUUGCAUAUAAAUUGUUUACUUCUUUUAUUUUGUUUAAAUUGUGUAAUUGUAUUGCUGUAACCUGCCCUGGGACCUUACAGUGAAUGGUGGGUUAGAAAUCCAAUAAAUAACAAAACAAAUAUUUGACAGAAACGGGCAAAUUUGGAUGCUCCUGAGCAGGCAAAACAUCUUCAGGUAUUUCAAGAGGAAUUUCCAAGGUUCCAUCUAGGAUUUAACACUAUACUUCAAUUCCAGGCUCUUUGAACAGUUCACAUGCCAGCCUGGAGAUCAUGCUCCAUUUCACACAGCUGACUCAGCUUAUUAAAACUAGACCAUGAAUUCUGCAACAAAACCUAUCUUUCCUUGAACAGAUGAGAAGUUUGAGGGCUUUCCUCUACCCUUUGGAUCAUAGUAGCAAAACCAUUGCAAAGCCAAUACAAAAAGUGAUAGGAUUGAUUAUAUUAGAAUGAAUUGUAGGAUAGUAGUGAGAAAUUGAUUGAGCUGAUUGAGCUAUUAGUGGAAAAUUGAUUGGGUUUUUUUUUUUGCUUGGAAUUAAGCUGAGCAAAAAUCAAUGUUUGCUUAGCUUAAUUGGCUCUAAAUUAACAUUGUCCAAACAUUUCAUAAAAUUGUGAAAUGAAGACAGGAAUAAAAAUGUGUGUGUCUACCGAUGAUGCCAUUUUGUGGGCCCUCUUGGAUACAAAGUGGAAUUAAAAUAGAUUGGGUGAGUGAAUAUUCACUUUCCCUUUAAACUAUAAUUGAAAGGCGAGCAGGGCCACUUAACUGCUUUCAUGGCACACCAUGAAAAGGUGCUUGCUCACCUCAUAAAUGCUCCACCCUACUGUCUCCACAGUCAGGUGCCUACCUUUAAUCCACUUCCCACGAAGUAGAUCCUUUCCUUCUCUCCCCUUAAUGACCUGAGGGUGCUCUAUGGUAUACACCAUGCAUUACUCUCUAAAGGGGCCAAUGACAGCUGGCUUGGAGUGUGAAAGGUGGACCUCAACUUUCGUAGGAAUUUCCUGAGUCUUCAUAGAGAUGCCUGACACUUGCUCUAAAAAUCGUUGGCAUUAUUAUUUCAGUGAGCAAAGGCUGGCACUGUAAUUGGUAGUGGAAGGCUGCCAACAAAUAAAUAAAUCUAGUUGGCUACAAGAUGGUAUCAUUGGCUGGCUAAUUUUCAAGGCACACUUGGCUCUCACUAUUACAAAAAAGUAAAUACAGGUCAGCCCACAUUUUUGCGGUGGUGUUCAUCUGGAAUAAAUCUUCCUAUAGUUACUGCCUCAAUCUUCUAAUUCAAGGACAUGAUCUCAUGGGUGACAUUGACAGUAGACAUACCCUUCCCUUUAUUUGUCCUAUGUUUGGGAAACCAUGAUGUCAUCUGAAAUCGAGCAGUAUGCAGGAAUUGCCUAGUGCAUUAAGUAACUGUAGUAAUCAAGAUAUUUCAGGACUUACAAUUAUAAUAAUCAUUUUUAUUUCUUAACAUCUGGCACAACUGAGCUGGAAUGUCUCUUGUGCGGGAUCCAUUGAAGCGAUUGAAACAUGCAACUUAUUCUUGUAGAGAUGUGGACAUGCACUGAUCUUUUACAAAAAUGCUUGCUUAAAACUGAUAUUGCAUAGGACAGGCAUCCCCAAACUCAGACCUCCAGAUGUUUUGGGGCUACAAUUCCCAUCAUCCCUGACCACUGGGCCUGUUAGCUAGGGAUGAUGGGAGUUGUGGUCCCAAAACACCUGGAGGGCCGAGUUUGGAGGUGCAUGGUAUAGGAAGUCCAGGUUCCCUCUCUUCUAUCCUGUAAAGAUAGUCCCUACAUUUGGAAUUUACUCAACCUUUCUCAUAUAAGGAUCACUACUGAACUUGGAAAAUGCAACUGCUUCCCCCUAAGGUUCAGAAAAUAGCUCAGUUUAUUCUGAGUUCCAUUAUGCUACUGAUGCUAUCUCUCUGUCAACUUGUGAGCCACCAGGCUACCUUGUUUGUGCACAUAACUUGCGCUAUCUCAAGGGGUGGGAUGGAGCCUUGAGUGAGCAUAGGAUUCUAACUUGGUUCCUCUCACACUUCAUGUCCACUGUGCAGGUGGUACUGCUCUUGUGUAAGGGCUCUACCAGGAUCAAUGUCCUUCCAAGGCCUAAGUAUCUCUGUGCUGGCAUAAAGAUUUUUACAGUGGCACAGUGAUGUCCUCUGCCAGAUCAUGAGGUCCUAUCCUGCCUGCUGGGCAUAAUUUGAAGAUAUGAUUGUUCUGAAAGUCACUGCAAAGUUAUCACAUAUAUACCAGCUAUUGCUCUAAAGCAAUAAAAGGACAAUUUCUGGUAGAUCACCUGGCUGGAAAAGGCCAGGUUUUCAUGUGACAAUGAUCUCAAGGGUUACAUAGCUAUCUGAAGAAGAAAGUAUGCCUCUGUACUCAGGAAAGUCAAAUUAUGCAUGUAAAGCUGGCAAAAUCUCUCUCUCUCUUUUAAUGUGGCACUGUAUCUUUGCUGCAUUGUUCUACAUUAAGGCUUUCUCUGUUUCGCCACGUUCUCAGGUUGUUUUAGGGGUCUGUAUAUCUCAAGAACCUAUGGAUAACUAUUCCAUUCUACUUUCAGUUUCCUGGAUCUCUGUAGAUGGUUUCCAAAAUGUUUGAAAAGCUCUAUUUUAUUUCAUACAGGAUAGUGGUAAAGAGACACAUUUCAGUUACUUUGGGUAUCACUUGUGCAUACAGGAAAUGUCAGUUGUAAUAUAAAAUGUAUGAAGAAAUCUAGUUCUAAUGUAACCAUUUUAUCGGAGUAUUUGAAACACCGUGCUUUGUAGCUGCUAUCACACUGAGCAAAUUUAGUGCCUAUUCCAAUUUCACUUGCAUUAAUCCAGAGAUCUAUGCACUGAUUUCUAUUAAGUGAGCAAACACACUGGCUCCCCUGUGAUGGCAAUGGAAGGAUUAACUAUAAUGUUCAAUCUAGCUAUGCAAUGUGUAAUUUCCUUCUUCACAAGCUCUGUAUAACAAGGGCCACAUGUAUGUCUAAACUUGAAAUCAUAUGCAACCUUGCAUUCUCCUGUGCAAUGAAAUCCAGUGUGGAACUCCUUGUUCUUCCCUGUUUGUUUCUGGUCAGGAAUGUUUAUUGGCUUUAUUGCUAAUUACGAAUGUUUUGCAAAUACUCCCUCCCUCUCAUAGAUUGCAUUUCCACUUUUAAUACCAAGGAGUGAUAAGUGCUUUCCCCAUAUUCUGGUAUUACAACUAGGGUUGGGCAACCUAUGAUAUUGCUGGACUUUCAACUGCCAUGAUCCCUAACCAUGCUGGCUGAUGGGAGAUGGUUUGUUUUAUUUAUGAAUACUUUGUAUUAUUAUUUGUGUAUUACUGCAGCAUUUUUAUAAUACUGUUAUUGUUUAACUUAACAACAUUUUUCAUCACCUUGUAAGAAAUUUUCUGAAAAGGGGACUAUAGAUUACUUAAGGAUGGGAUUCACUUAACAAACUGUGUCAACGGAAAUCCUGCACAUUGUCAGUGGUUUCUGCAAUGGGGCUCCCCACUCUCCUCCUCCCAUGCACUCCCCAUAAUUGGCUCAGGAGUGGGGUGAAGAACCCCGCCCCCAGAACCGCACAUGUAGGAGACGGGUGAUUGUUCCAUCUGGCAAGCUGCAACGCUUGCACAGACGGAACGACCACCACAGUGCUACCUUGAAUUUUACCCAGAAUAAUUAAACAGCAAAAGGUGGUUCACAGGUUCCCUAGUCAUGGCUUUGGACAUUUGGCAGAAGGGCUUUCCUGGUGAUUUGCUGACUGUUCCCAAGGACUUCCGGGACUUCCGGGGUGGCGCCAUCGGCAAUGGCGGACUCCCUCUGAUCUGGAGGGACUAGCUCCGCGCGAAACGGGUCUUUUCCGCUACGGCGAAGCGGGGACCCUUUUAAAAAUCACAGGCGGAUGAAGCCUGUGACCAUGGGACUCGGCGGGCACCCUUAGCGCCCCCCAACCCGCAAAGGAACCCACUAACGGGCUCCGAAGCGAAGAGGGGGAAGUGGCGCGGUGCUGAGAGUCAACUGCUUUUUCCGUGGAGCGAAGCCGCAUAGCCGUUGCCGGAGAGCGCUGCCUUUUUCCUGGGACAAUUUGGCUUCUAAAAUAAUCACCCGUGAGUACUUAAAUUUCGGACAAUUGGACUUUAAAUAAGGACUUGCGAGCAGAAAGGAAUUGGACUUAAAAAUUUACUUCAAUUUGGCACUGAAACGGGAAGGUCUAAACAGGAAGUCAGCCUUCCGUUUCUUUGUAGACAGAAUAAAGCAAAGACAACGUAAACUAGAGCUCAGAAAAUCGCUUCUAAAAGAUUAACUUUCAUCAUUUAAAAUUGUUGAACCCCCCUUCGGAAGCAGGAGAAGAAGGGGGAUCUUUUUUCGGACUGUUUAAACCUGCAGAAGUGAGUUUAAAGUAAAGUAACUUUCCACCGUCCUGAUCCUGGAGCGGGGUGUCAGGACUGAUGUUUGAAGCUCAUUGACCAGAGCUAAACGCUUUUGACAUAUAGCUAAAAGAAGAGAAACAUAGUGAUUCCACUGUUCCCUUUCACAUUUUAAAGGAACAAAUAUCGACAAAAUAUCUCAAAAAGGAAACUUUGUUGCUAGAUUCAUCCUUAAAAGAAAGAACAAAUAUAAGUUUUCCCCCUAGAGGGAGACUGUGAAACUGUAACUAAUUCCAGGGAGCUUGCAGCUGUUAUAGAUUACAAUCGUGGGAAAUAGACUUGUGACCUUGUAGGACAAUGUAUUCAGAAGCUCUGUUGUGUGCUCUCUGUAAAACAAAUGCCCUACUGGAACAGUUAAAUGAGAAUACUGGAUUUGAUGACUAAUGCGGUCAGAAUUUUUGAACAGGCAGUGGGAAACUAUAUGGAGCCCACCCAGGAAUUAAAUCAGGAGUGUGCCCUGACAGAACAGAUGAGAGAAGAGGAUGUUGCUGAAUCUUGGGCGCCAGAGAUGGAGGGAGCUGUGGCCCUGCAGGAACAUGAGCUUUUGGAUUUGACAAAUGAACUUGGAAAAAGCCAGAUUUGGAAAGAUAAGGUUUGGACUGGUUUGGAAAUGGGGGGUUGGAUAGACCCCCCUAUGCAGGGAUGUUUGGACUUUCCAAGUCUGGCAAUGGGCCGUGAGAUGUUUGGGGCUGUGGGGGCUCUUAAUCUUGGAGGGAUUCUGAAACAUGUUUUUAAAUACCACAUGGAGUUUAGUCUGGACUUUGGAAAAGGGGCUGAUUUGUUGAAAAGGGUCAAAAACAUUACUAAGCUGGAGUUCCCAUGAGUGAAAGGAGAAUAUGAAGAAGAGCUGCGGAAGGGACAUGGAAGAGACUUAAGGGCCUCGGAUAUAAGGUUACCAGGUUAAUGCGCUAGAUCAAUGGGAUAAAGAGGACUGACAAAACCCAGGACCAGGAGGAAGGGACGCUGGAUGAAGAUUGGAUUGUUUUUAUUUCUUUCUUUUUAUUACUAGGAUUGUUUUAUAAAAUUGAUGAAUGUUAGAAAAAUGUUGGAACGAAAUUACUUGGCUCUAGCAAAAAUGUCUAAAGAAUUAGGUAAGAAUAUUAUGGUUAUGAGAAGUUGGUAAAAAUAAGAGUUAAGUUUUAAGUUUUAAGGUUUUCUAUAAGAUAAGAUGAAAAUAGAUUAAGGUAAUGUAAUGACAGAAUAUUAUGAAAUAUGGAAAGGAUUUGCUGCGAUAAUUAAUAACUAGGAUACAAAAAAAGGGAGGAGGAGGAGGUCAAAGAAAGAAGGUAAUGAAAGUUGAGGAUUCGAGAAUGAUGGAUUUGUUUUUAUCUGUUUGUGGUGUAUUUUUGUUUUUUUGAAUCUACAUUGUUUGAUGUGGUUUGUUUUCUCUUUGUUUUCUCUUUUUUCUUUUUCUGCUGUGUUCUUUUCUGUAAUUCUAAAAAAAUUUCAAUAAAUAUCAUUUUUUUUUUAAAAAAAAGGAAGUCACAUGCUUCCUCCUCGGUCCCCUUUUAAAUUAUGUCUCUUAAUAAGGAGACACGGAACCAUUUAGGCUUUCCUAAGUCAGUUUUCUGCCUAAAGUAGAGUACCAAAUGAUGUCACUCAGCCCAUGUCUUAUUCCAGCUUAUUUGAGAGUCGCCAGGCACCCAUUCUGUUAACUUUUAGGAAUCAGGUUGAGACACAUUUACUCUCUCAGCCAUUUUAAUUGGAAGUAUGUUAAAAUUGGAAGGAUGCUAUGUUAGCUGUUGCUUUCACAUCUAAUUGGCAUUUAAUCAUCUCAAAUUUUGCUGAUUUUAAUUGUUUAAUUGUAUAUAUUAUAUUGCUGUAGUUACUCAGCUUUAUUGUUCAAUGUAAACUGCCCUGGGAUAAAUAUUAUGGAUACCAUAUAAAAGCCUUGACCGUCUGAAUGAAUGAAUGAAUAUUUUUAGAAUAUGUUAUUGCAGCACGAUCCCAUGUCUGUUCAAAAGUAAGUCCUAUUGAAUGAAAUGGGGCUUACUCACAGGUAAGUGAGGUUGGGAUUGCAGAGUUAGUUACCAUAAGUAUUCUUCACUGUAAAAAUCUCAUCUCUCAUCACCAAGAUCACCCUUAGAGAAAGCAACUCUCAUCAUGUAGCCCUUUUGUUCCAAAGGGGUUUUCUCAUCCCCUACUUCAAAGCCAGCUCUCAUCUAUCUUCCCCAGGUAACCUGAGCAGCAAAACAGACUUCAGCACAAAGAUGGAUUCUUCUUUAAAAUCUACGACAACAACAACAACCACCAGUCAAUGUCUCUAGCUUCCGCAUCCUCCUAGGAACCUGCAUAUUAAUUGCAUCCCAGUGAGGAAAUAGCUUCAAACAUGCUUGUCUCUGAUCAGCUCGAUCAAAGUUUUUGAGAGCUAGGGAUUGGGAAUUAGGUACUCUUUUAAUGCAGAAGAGCCAGCAGACUGGCUGGACCCAUAGAAAUGUUGUCCCACAACUUCUAAAUAAGGAUAGUUCAGAAGUUCAGAAAUCAUUCUCUCUACUGCUGUUUAUGCUCUGUGUCCUAAAGGGGGAUCUGUGCUAUCCCAGGUCCUGAUACUGGUUUUUGUUAUUGGUGGAAUGAACAUGCUGCCAUGUUAAUCAAAAUCUCUUCCAGGGAAGCGGAAAGGGGAACUGAUUUUUAACUUCAGGAAUCAUCUGGAAAUAUCUUCACUUCUAACAUAAGAUAACUUUUGCCUUUUGUCUAUCUGGAGCAUGCCCUCUCUUAAGAGUCGACAUUUCAUUUUAUUUCUUGAUUAUACUCCAAAUCUACUUUUCCUUGAACACGUUAACUGAAAAUAGUAAGGUCUUGCUUAAUUAAGUCUGCAUUGGGAUCUGGGUGGUUGUCAACAGGCUCAGUUUGCUCUGUAUGGGUGCCAUACUGCUUGGCUAGGCUAGUGAGAAAAACCUAUGGGACUCUGGUAAACUGGUAGACUUAGAAAUUGGCAAGUGAGGCCAGGCUCUCUACACCUUGAAACUCAGGUUGAAUUGCUGAUUGAGAAUCUUGUUGCUUUGUUAAUUGACCUAUGGGUGAGAGUUUCUGAAUUUCUAGCAGUGAUGGGGAAACUUUUUCACAAUUAGGGCCACAUGUCCUUCUGUGCAACCUUUCAGGGGCCACACACCAGUGAGCAGGGUGGGGCCAGGAGGAGAAGUGGUCAGAGCAAUGAAUGUAAUCCCUCCACUUUGUACAGUUGGCUAGUUUCUACACACAUGCACAUACCCUUCCUUGUUCUUUGACUAACCCUGCCUAAAAUUGUCUAUGCCACAGUGAAGUGGUUUUGUUCCAAGUUGCACACCAAUUGCAUGCUAGUCUUUGCAUGUUAGAUAUUCAAGAUCAAUCUGCAUUUCACAGUUUAACCAGACUGUUGAUAGAGAAUAAACAAGACAAGAGACUAUAGGAAUAUGUGCCUUGAAAUAAUGGAUACUUCUGAGUAGACAUGUAUAAGUUGAUUAAGCUGUAUAUCUGCCAGAAAGUGUCCAAAUGCAACUGGAUUUGUUUGUGUCAGCAUAUGAGUAGGGUGCCCUGGUUGGCCUAUCACCAGUGAGAACAGGUGACAUCAGAACAGGUAUUUCUAGCAUCAGAAGGGAGAGAUUUUUGAAACAGUGUUGUUGUUGUUUAGUCGUUUCGUCGUGUCUGACACUUCGUGACCCCAUGGACCAGAGCACGCCAGGCACUCCUGUCUUCCACUGCCUCCCGCAGUUUGGUCAAACUCAUGCUGGUAGCUUUGAGAACACUAUCCAACCAUCUUGUCCUCUGUCAUCCCCUUCUCCUUUCCCAACAUCAGGGUCUUUUCCAGGGAGUCUUCUCUUCUCAUGAGGUGGCCAAAGUAUUGGAGCCUCAGCUUCAUGAUCUGUCCUUCCAGUGAGCGCUCAGGGCUGAUUUCCUUCAGAAUGGAUAGGUUUGAUCUUCUUGCAGUCCAUGGGACUCUCAAGAGUCUCCUCCAGCACCAUAAUUCAAAAUUUGAAACAAUAAGACCAAUUAAAUAUCAUCAGACCUGUUAUAAUAUCAGCAAUAAGAUUGCCAACACCUGCAUUUCAAGCUAGUGUCUGAUAACUAUAUACCUGGAGAGGUUUGCCCCCCCCCACCACAAAAUAACCUACACAUGCAGCUCUUAAAAGCACAGAAUUAAGCUUUGAGAAGGCAGGAGAUAUAGUGCAUUGUGCAGACCUGAGAGCCUGUUGUGUACAGUUGAGAAAUGGCAAUGUAGUUUACAGCAGUAACACAAUCCCUUAAUACCAGCAUCUAAUAGGCUAAACAUUUCAGAUGAAAACCAAAAGCUGCUAGAAUAUCUUUUGGGAUUUUGUGCUCAAAGGAGCAAAUCCAUUAGAAAACAGUCAAGGUUAUAUGGGCUACACUUUGUAAUGUGCAUUUCCACCUGUUUCACAGCAUAAAGGUCCAUAGCGGAACAUCCCUGCUAAGUGCACCCUGCUAAGAACAUCUGUUUAUGGAAUAAUUCACAAGUGCCUUCCAAUUUGUGAAUGCCAGGGUCAGAAAAGUAAACAAACAAACAAACAAACAAACAAACAAUCCAGAUACUGGCCCGCACUUAUUCCGAACAUCUACAGCAGCUCCAUAAGCUUAGAUAGUCUUUCCAUGAAUACGGAAACAAGAGAGGCACAUGUAGUCCUUUGUCUUAUUGUAAAAUUGUGGUAUGGCAAUACAGUCCUUGUCCCAACUUUCAAUACAAGAUGAGUAAGUCCUAGUUAUCCCUUUAUUUUGUUAAAGCAAAAGCCCACCUUAUCAAAGGGGCAUCAUAACAUCAGGUUUCAGCAAAGCUGCUCUAGGAGACAGGUGACUGAGAAUAUGGUCUCAUUUUUUAGUACAUUACAGCUCCAUUAGGGUCUUUCAUGUGCUGAAAAAGGGCUUCAUAACAGAUUUUGAGAUUCAUUUAAGAAGAUACUGGGACAUACAAAUGCCCAUGGGAAAAACUGAUGAAUGGCUUUGGGGUGUGAGUUGCAUUGUCCACUCAGCUGCCUCUUGCCGCAUCAUGUAAGACUAGUAUACUGUUUAACAGAAGUAGCUGCUUUCUCUGUAAACCUUUUACACUGCUUCUGAAGAAUGUGGACUAACUUUACAACCUUAUAUAUACUUAGCUGAACAGAGUGGGCAAUACUUUUGAAUAGGCAUGCAUAGGAUUCCACUGUUAGUCUUUUUAAAAUAUGGCCCCAAGCACUUCCCUCAAUAAAUGGCAUACUUAAAGUACCUUAUGAAUCUCAUCAGAAUAGAAUAGUGUGAAUUCCAUGCUAACUAGAUUUUAAAAAUAGAUGGUUUUACUGGAGAAAGGCUAUAGCAGUUCUACAGAACAUCUGAUUUGCAUGUAGAAAGUCCUAGGUCCCCAGCAUUUUCAGGCAGAAACCCUGGAGAGUAGCUGCCAAUGACUAUAAACAAUGUUGAGUUAGAUGGACCAAUGGUCCACUGAAUUUCUGCAGAAGCAUUGCAACCAAAAAUUUGUUGCCUAUACCUAUAUUUUCUCACUAGAGCCUCUUUUGAUGUAUCCCUCAAUUCUCUGCCCUCCCUCCUCUCAAGAGGGGCCAGAACUAAUUAAAUGCACCUGUUAACAUGACUCAGAAGUAAUUACCAUGACAUUUUCACACCUGGGCUUCAAUGACUCAGCACAAGAGUUCACUAUUCCCUCUCUGGGCUUUUGGGGGUAGCAAUUAAUAUGUCUGGCAGAGUGGGUGUAUAAGGCCAUCAGAUGCUAGCAUUAAAACCACUGCCUUUGUAGCUGGGCAUGUGGGAGUUAUUCACGGAGGGAAAACAAUCUAAUUAAGGUUGUCUUAUGGAUCACCAUCCUGCCACAUCAUUCACAGAACUCAGUUUGUGUUUUAGGGGCCAAGUCUAGGGUGACCAGGUGAAAAAGAGGACAGUACUUCUGUACAUUUACUAGUUGGGAAGAAGACUGAAACUUGUUGUUGUUUAGUCGUUUAGUCGUGUCCGACUCUUCAUGACCCCAUGGACCAGAGCACGCCAGGCACUUCUGUCUUCCACUGCCUCACGCUGUUUGGUCAAACUCAUGCUGGUAGCUUCAAGAACACUGUCCAACCAUCUCAUCCUCUGUUGUCCCCUUCUCCUUGUGCCCUCCAUCUUUCCCAGCAUCAGGGUCUUUUCCAGGGUGUCUUCUCCUCAUGAGGUGGCCAAAGUAUUGGAGCCUCAGCUUCACGAUCUGUCCUUCCAGUGAGCACUCAGGGCUGAUUUCCUUAAGAAUGGAGAGGUUUGAUCUUCUUGCAGUCCAUGGGACUCUCAAGAGUCUCCUCCAGCACCAUAAUUCAAAAGCAUCAAUUCUUCGGCGAUCAGUUUUCGACUGAAGCUUACACCUGCUGAAAUUCCCUCUUCUGUACAGCUAUUUAAAGUAAAAGAGCUUUAACCAGGCCAACCUAACUUGGGCUCAGACUUGUAUGGGAUCUUCAUCACAGCUGAACAUGCCUUCCUGUUUUGCCAUGUUUGGCUCAACAAGAGACAGUGCAAAUGCAUUCAUUUCAAAUUCCUUACACCUUUCACGAUUUUGCUUUUUCUUCUUGAAGGACAUGUUGUUUCCCUUUGAGAAUUAUCAGAUGCAGGAAAUGAUCAUGGUGGGUAAGAGGAUUAAACCUCUUGUGCCAUUGUGUAUUUCCAUAAGUGCUUAUUGCAGUGUCUGAGGGCAGUGGUGGGUUUUCUGAGAUAUGCCCUUGGAAGCUGAGCUAUGUGAAUCAUUUGAUUUUGUUGAAGUUGGAGUGGGUGCAUUUUGUCUGUGUGGAUUGUAAACAAAGUGUGGUAAUUGUGUUGUGUUCUGGUUAAAGCCGCAAUCCUAUUACCUCUUACUUAGGAGUAAGCCCUAUUGAACUCAAUGGGAGUUGAAGUAGGAGGGACAGGUGCACUUCUUGAGCUAAUAGUAGCAUUGAAAGGAGUGAGUGUCAUCAUGAAAGGGUCUGAGUAGUCAUGCUUAAGACUCUGCUAUAAGUGCCACUAGAGCAGCUUUCUUCAAUUGAGUACCCACCAGAUGUUCUGGACUCCAUUUCCCAUCAGUCCCUGCCAGCAUAGCAAGUUGUCAGGGAUGAUGGGAGUUGUAGUCCAAAAGGUCUGGAGGAACUCAGGUUGUGAGAGCCUGAACUAGGGAGUAAUUUUAAACCAACCAGGGUUGGCAGCUGGAGCACCAAGAGCAGAAGAAUGGUAAAAAUAUAUUUGAAUGGACUUUCUCACUAACUGUCAAAGGACUGGUGCUCAAACUAUUACAGCUACCAUCACUACCACUUUUUUCACUGACAGCCCCAACAGAUAACUUACAGUUUGCAUGAACUACUGAGGUCCUACUGGAGGUUUAAUGUCAGGACCCUGUAGGGGCAAUCUGUUUUUGGAUGGGUAGCAGAUUUCAGUCUUAAAGUAUGGCAUUUUUAUUUAUAUAUUACUAAGGCACACUGACACAGAAUUAACUGCUAAAAAAAAACAUAUUUUAAUCCAUUUGCAUGGCAGAAGUCAAAUAACUCUGAGAGCUGAAGCAACUGAUUUUGACCUCUGCCAUCUUAACUGCAAGUGCUGGUAAUUAGUGAGAGGAGGUAGCUGAUGCUGUGUCCUCAUAAGCAAUUAUGUUAGUCAGUGAUAAUGCUUGCAUCCUUGACAAACUAAUAUGCUUGCAUGAAUAUUCCUAACUUCAUGUCACAGGUCUGGUCUGGUGUAUCUGUUGUUUGGUCCUUAACUGACACAUCCUACCAAGGUGAUACAAUUGCAAUAUGUUAAAUUAGAAACUAUGGAACGCAGCGACUAACUGGAUUUUGAUUUGAUUAUGUUAAUAACGAGUGAUACUUAUAGUCAAUCUGUCUCUCUGGUGGUACACGAAUGUUGUGUGAUUUCUUCACUGGCAUUACUGAAAACUUCAUGGAGGGAGGGUAGGGAACAGCCAUGAAUGCUUGGUUACUUUCUUGGCCAGAGUUGGUCAUUCAAGAGCAGUAAGACACAUGGCAGAGCACAGUAUUCCCAAAGCAUUGCACACUAUGCUAAUGGCUCUGUUACUGAGCACUGUGUUGGUUUGACAUUAAUGUUUUGGUAGUUCUAAGGGAACUUCUGACUGUUCAUACCUAUGUUAGUGUAGUUCCCUUUACACACAGCUGAGAUACGGAAGUCAUUUCCCCAUACUCCAGAAGCAUGUGGAUAUCACAGCCAUGUGGGCAUGGUUGAUUGUGUGGGUCAUCUGCUCUAGAUCAGUGCAGUAUUGGGGUGGAAGAGCCAAAUGACUGGCCUAUCCUUUGUGGGAGCAAUACAGUGCUCAAUAGCAGUGGAUUACAGCAAAGUAAUGUAGACCUAUCACUGCAUGUGGUGUGUGUCUGUACAUUUUCUGAUUCCAUUCCAUUCAGUUAUCCAAGGUCUAUCAGAAUCCGUUUAGUCACUGCUACCAAUACGAGAAUAAAGUCUGGAAAACAGCAGUAUACAAUAUUUGAGCAAGUAGUGGGACAAGUCUUUGAAUGAAGAAACAGACACAUAUUGACACAGUCACCUAUUAGUUCAUGCUGAGAUUGCUAGAGUGAUGCUUGGAAAACUUGAUUCUGUGAACAUCUUGUGCACUUGUUUCAAUUUUCUGGACCACAGGUAGUUAAAUGAAGAUAUAACACUACUGUACUGAUUUCACAUCAUUUCCCCCCUGCAGUGAAAAGAUUUUGUGGGUGGGUGGAGGUUUUGUAUAAAUAAAAGCAAGUUUGUAUGACAAGGUAUUGGACCAUUGGGUUGGGAUGCCCUGCUCUUUUUACAUAGGAGUAACUAAACCACGGGGAUGCGGGUGGUGCUGUGGGUUAAACCACAGAGCCUAGGACUUGCUGAUCAGAAGGUCAGCGGUUCGAAUCCCCGCGACGGGGUGAGCUCCUGUUGCUUGGUCCCUGCUCUUGCCAACCUAGCAGUUCGAAAGCACAUCAAAGUGCAAGUAGAUAAAUAGGUACCGCUCCAGCGGGAAGGUAAACAGUGUUUCCGUGUGCUGUUCUGGUUCGCCAGAAGCGGCUUAGUCAUGCUGGCCACAUGACCCAGAAGCUAUACACCGGCUCCCUCAGCCAAUAAAGCGAGAUGAGCGCCGCAACCCCAGAGUCAGUUGCAACUGGACCUAAUGGUCAGGGGUCCCUUUACCUUUAACUAGCAAGGGCUCCCCUUAAUUAAGCUUGUCCUUAGAUCAGGAGGAGGAGAUCUCUCUGUUUAUCCUCCCCCCUUUUUCCUCUCAACUAUGAAAACAACCAGUUGACUCUUCUCUUCCUGAAACUUGUUUUAGUGCUAUUGCAAGUCUGUGUGUAUCUGUAGAUACACACUGAGGUGAAAGGAGGUCAAGCAAGCCUAUCUCUUGGAUUGUUGGCCAAUUUGCAGAGACAGGCAAAGUCAUCUUGGCCACCUCCUUUAUAUGAGAGAUAUAGGUUGGUGAUGGAGCACCGUCUUUUGAAAAACCUCAUAGCUAUAGGUUAUCCAGAACAUCAGAAACCAGAUGUUCUGGUAUGCUCCUUGGAGCAACAUUUUAGGCAUCCAUUGCACAGUAUUUAGUGAGAAAAUAGCAACAGUGCCAUCUGCUGAUAAUUAAGGAACUGCAGCUAUUGCUCCACUCAUUGAGGCCUUCAACAGUUCUCAUGUUCAAACAGAAUUCAUUAAUCAAGUAAUUUUUAUUAUAGAAAUCCUGUACACAAAAGGGGAAAAAAGGAUUGCAGUGGAAAAGCAUCUGCUCCUUAUGACCACGUGCUUUGUAUAGCAUUUAGAAAAAUACAGGGUGCUGAACUUUCCUCUUGUAAGUUACAAAUUGUGAGAUUUUUCCCCAGAGGUGUAGCAAUGUUAAUCUCUUGCAUCGAAAACACUUUAAAGACAUUGAUGUGUAAAUAAGCACAUGCAGUCGGCAGCCCACAUGGUCUUAAUAUUAUCAUUUUAAUAUUGCCAUAAUCAUUAUUGAUAUAUUUCAUCAGGAAGGCAGGUGAGAGUCAAUAAUAAUAAAUUACUAUUAUUAUAUUUAUACCUCACACAUCUGGCUGGAUUGCCCUAGCCACUCUGGGUGGCUUCCAACACAUAUGAAAACAUAACAAAACGUCAAACAUUAAAAACUUCCACUUACAGGGCUGUACCAAAUGGUUUCUGCCUUUAGUUUGAGUAUUAUACAAGCAAUCUUUGAUUCAGGAGACAAGAUGGAACUCUAAUAAUUACAUUAAAAUGGUAACAAUGGCACAAUCUCUCUCUCUUUUGUACAGAAAAUGGAAAAAUGGAUUCUGGAUGUCAUUUUAACACCCAUCCCAAUUUUGUCAUUUUCUCUUGUAGGGAUCAAUACCAUCUCAUAGCAUGAAUCCUUCCCCACCUCUUGUUUCCAUGGCAACGCCUAGCAGUCAGGAUUUUAAGGCCUACUGAAGGAGUGCCACACAUACUUAGGUGACUCAUAAAUGGCAUGCUGCUUUUUGACUAUGGAGCUGGAAGACUACAACUGAAGUGGUAUUUCGGGGCAAGGUCAUAACUAUUUGUUUGGGUCCAGCAUUCAUAAAGGACUGCCUCCUUCAGCCUUCCCAGACCCUCUAAGUGUCCAUUUUCCAAGGACAGUCCCGAAUUUACAGAAGCCAUCCUGGUUUCUGAUUUGAUCCCAGAAUGUCCAUCUUUUCCUCAGGACAUCCCUAUUUUCAUCCUGAGCUAAGGAGAUAAGUAGCUAUACAACCUUUAGAAGACAUCUGAAGGCAGCCCUGUAUAGUGCAGUUUUUUAAUGUUUAAUUAUGUUUUUAUAUGUUGGAAGCAACCCAGAGUGACUAGGGCAGGCAUGGCCAAACUUGGCCCUCCAGAUGUUUUGGGACUACAAUUCCCAUCAUCCUGUUAGCUAGGGAUGAUGGGAGUUGUAGUCCCAAAACAUCUGGAGGGCCAAGUUUGGUCAUGCCUGGACUAGGCAACCCAGCUAGAUGGGUGGGGAAUAAUAAUAAUAAUAAUAAUAAUAAUAAUAAUAAAGUCCCUAUUUUCAUCAGAGAAAUGUUGGAGGGUAUGCCUUCCUGCUACCUAAAAUCUAGUAGUGAGGCCCUUAUUUGUGUCCCAUAGAAGCACGGUUGGCUGUGAUAAUAGUUAGGGCUUCUUCAUUGGCUGAACGCAAACUGUGGAAUACCUUGUCCCAUGAAGUUUAGGUGGUCCAUCUUUAAUCACCUUCUGCUGACUAUUAAAGACUUUUUAAAAAAUCUGUUAUGCAUGCACACACCCAUAAAAUGUAUAUUGUAGGAAGCAUCCCACAGCUAUUGAAGAUUCUUUUUGUCUCAUUUUGGUAAACUUGUGUCGACUUCAACUGUGUAAAAACAUUGACCAGUCCUUCAUGGAGUACAGCACUUGAGACUGCAUUCACAUUAGUACCAGUCUUCACAUACUUCUCUCAGAAAAAAAUUGAGAGUUUAAAAAUAAGCACUCCAAAGGGCUAGGAAAAAAAAAAUCUUUGCGGAACAACCACAUGGGGUAGAAAUAGCUUUUUAAACACUUGUACAUGCAACAUCUCCUUGCCAGCUGCCAGAUGUCAACCCACAGCUGGAAACAUAUCCAUGCCUGCAAAUUCAAGCUGUGAAAAACACUUCACAGCUGUAGUUAUGGUAAAGUCAGAAUCCAUACUUGGUAGGAAUAUCAUGCAGGUGCUUCUGUCUGGGAGAACGGAUCUUCGGAAGGCUAUAACCCAACCCACCCGCACACAUAAAAGCACUUAGCACAGAAAGCCUCUUUUGAAUCAUUUCCAUCUUGGCAGAUUUCAGAUCCCUAAUGUUUCCUGCACUCUGUGGACACACUCAAAACAACAUAUGCCUCAAGUGACUGUACCACAGAAGGUGAACCACAUACUGAAGGGUGACGGCAUGCUCAUUAGAAUCACAUGCUUCGACAAUCAAACUGUUCUUGAAACAAUUAUUCCACUUGCCUCUGAACUUUUCUGACUGAACUUUUCAGUAAAUGUUGUUCUGCUGCAUUCUGGAUUCCUCCCUCUUUUUUGUUGUUGCUGAUGACACAUUACCACAGUCUAUCAGAGCUUUUAUUUUUUUAAGGUAAAAGCCCCAAAGAACAGUGUUCAGGGUGUACUAUAGUCUUAACAAGCCAAGAUCUAGCACAGGGAAUCAGAUCUCAAAUUUUAGCUGUGACCUGUGCAAUGCUAAAAUGUGGAACCCCCUGCCUCUCAUGCAAUGUUCUACAGCAUUGUUGUGGCACCCCCUUUAGCAUGGUGCCCAGUGUGACUGCACCGGUUGUGUUACUCUAAAACCGCCUCUGGUCAAGGUUCACGAAAUGUACCAGAAGCAAAGGUGAGGAGACCCCACAGUCAAACAAGCCACCAGAAUUAGAGAGAUGUAUUGCUUCCUAGACUACUACUGCCAAUCCCCAGCUGCUAGUGGAAAAGGAAUUUCAGGGGUAGUUUACUCAUGAGUAGAACCCCUUACUCACAAACCACAUGAUGACUCAGGAUCCAUAGACGCAUGCUGUGAUGUCUCUUUUAUGCCAGAGCCUUUUGUUACUUGUGUUUUCAUGGACCAUGGGAUAACUCCACCUCCUCUGACAGCUCCAAGGGUUCCUCAGCUGGUCCCACACUGGAGGGCUCCACAACCUGCCCUUGACCUGUGGAGUGUCCAAUUUGUCCAUCAAGAACUCGGCAUCAGGACCAGGCAUGACAAACAUUAGGAAAACAUACCUAACAGUGGAGCAGGCUGCUUCUGAAAGUGAUGGACUUGCCUUAGCUGAAGGUUUUUAAGCAUAAACUGGAUGGCUGCCUGUCAGGGACAUGAUCAUUCCAUCUAGCCUUAUAGAUCUUGCAUUGAACAAGCUCAUCAUCCCUGACCACUAGUCUUGCUAGCUAGGGAUCAUGGGAAUUACAGUCCAAAAACAGCUGGAGACCCAAGUUUGGGAAACACUGGACUAGACAAUCUCCAAAGUACCAUCCAACUCUUAUUGUCAGCAAUUAGGUAGAAACACGCAAGGGAGAAGGGUGAGGAUGGUGGACCAGAACACUGUCCGUUCCCCCAAGUCAUCACUUAUUUUCUUUUACCUCUGAGCUGCCCUCAGAGCUACAGAGCUGGCCAGAUUUGGCUCAGGGGCUUCCAAGUGGAGAUUCUUCACCUACAAGUCCUGCAUGUGAGUGAAUCUUUGGGUUUCAUCCAUGAGCCAUCUCCACACACUACGCUGCCUCUUCGCAGCUCUUCCAUGCGCUCCCUUAUCUGCUGACUGAAAUAAAACAAGCACGCUGAUGAAAUGUGUCUUCAGGAUGAUAGAACCGCUGUUGGCGGAGUGCUGUGUUAUUUCCUCUGGAGCCGGAGAGAGUGAGUGGUGGGAGGGGGAGGCAAGCAUUCAACAGGGAGACUUUCCCCUCCAAAUAGCCCUAAAUGUACCUGACAGUCUGCCAUCCCCUCCCUGGGGUCUUUCUUUAGGUACAAUUAAGGUUUCUGUGCUGGUGGAGGAAGCUCUGGUGUUACUGUGUGAGCAUGGGAGAAAGAGAGUGGGAGAGAGAGAGAAUGAGAGUUGGGAAGGAUGGAGAAAUGAGCAGCAAGGCGUAUCUCAGGCAUUUUGUUCUGCUGCCUGGGAUAUUCAUUCUCUCUCUCUCUCUCUCUCUCUCUGCUGAAGGUAGCUGUGGAGAGAGGAAUGGGUGAGCUCGUCUUUCCUCCUGUGAAUGCAGUCGUAACAGGGUUGAGGCAUCACAUUCACAAAGAGCAUCACUCUCUCUCUCUCACCUCCCUCCCACCACCACCAGCAGCCCCCUUGAGUGAAUUCUCUGGAGAGACAUUACUGCUUUUGCCCAUCAGCCAAAGUUGGAGGGUUUCCAUGACGACCAGGCAGCUGGUGUCUAGACACAGUGAGAGAUGCCUUGCAAUGGAGCUGUGGUGCUCUCGCUUCCCUUCUCAACCCCUUACAUACAAAAGCACACGCCCUGUGUUGCCUCCCUCCUCCUCGCCAUGUACUACACACACACACACACACACACACACACACACACACACGAUGGUGUUUCUAUUCCACAAUCUUUAGCAAGAGGAAAGGAUGGUGCAAGAACACCAAACGGAGCCUCCAUCUACUCAGAUUAAUGAAGUCAGGAGGAUGUUGCUUCGAUGGAUUUGGAGAGUGCUUAAUUGGGUCAGGAAACAGCAAGCAUCUCUCAGGAUAGCACAAAGAGCUCCCUACCUCCCUUCUGCUCUUCUGUUAGGUUGAGGAAAAUAGGUACAUUAGAGAACACUUUUGUGUGGUGGGUGGGGCAGGAAGGAAUAAAGUGUGUAUAAUAUACAUUUUUUGGGGAGCAUACAAGGUAAUUCCUAAAAUACUGGUCACCUGAAGUACAGUUAGCCCAAGACGAUGCAUUUCUUCUGUGACAAUCAACCUGUUUUAUUGAAUUUGUUAUUUUCAGCUCUUUAUUUGCUUUACUUUUAAAUAUAUUUUUAUUCCCCCUUUCUGCCAAGGUGGUUUGCAUUUUAUAACCAUAGCUUCUAAUCAAAGAGACAUGAUACAGAGUUGGGAGGUUAGAGGAAGCAAAGCAAAUUCAGACAACAGUUUUUCAUAGUGGUUGCAUAAUGAACAAGACAAUCCUAUACAUGCCUACUCUGAAGUAGGUUCUGUGGGACUUACUGCACCUAAAGUGUGCAUAGGACCACAACGAAAGCUAUAGAAGGAUCAGGUGAGAUGGGCUUUCUGGAGAUGCUUCCUGGAGAGGAGAAGCUAAAUCCAGAAGUGGCUUUCUGGGUGGGGUGCAGCCACAAUGCUACCUUCCUGGUAUGUGCGCCACUGCUGUUUUCGAGGAGGGAGGUGGGUGGGAAAUUUGUGCAGUGCAGACACAUCCGCAGGAAUCAUGGAUUGGCUCCACGGGUGCCUUUGCACCACACUGACGUUCCUGCCCCUCCCCUUGCUCCCAACAAGCAAGUAGCCAUGUUGGCUAUGCUGUGCUUCCAUAAUCAGAAACAUUAAUACAGGCUUUACUGAUGUUCUUAACAGUGACCCAGCUGCCAGAAAGCUAGUGUUGCAGCUCCAUCUCACCUGAAGAGCCCCUUCUGCCCAAAUCCCCAUUCCAUCUGAAAGAGAUGUAGCUGUGUCGGUGCUGAACUAGUUCCUGCAGGUGGUAAUGGGCUGGAUAAGGCCUGAAAACAUUAAAGCUGACAAGAUGGAGGUUCUGUUGUAUGUCCAGAAAUUGGGUGUUUCGCUUGUUCUGGAAGGAAACACACUCAUCUUAAAUGAGCAAGUAGGUAAUCUGUGGUUGCUCCUAGAUCCAUCUCUGUCACUGGAGGCCCAGGUAGCAUUCAUGGCAAGCAGUGUGUAUUUCCAUGACCACAGGGUUGCAUGCUCCAAUAACUUCACAUGUCAAUUCUUAUAAUCUGCUACAUUGGGCUACACUGGAAGACAUACCCUCCAACAUGACGUGGCCCAAAACUGGGGCACCAUAUUCUGGGUCUGCAGUUCCACAUGAGUCACAUGACCUGUGCGAGAUCAAGGCCCCACAAAAAGCAUUUUCUUUUCAGGUAUGGUGCCAUGCAAAAUUGCUGCCCCCCAAAGGCGCCAUGCCCGAAAAAAGUGGGGCUCCAUUUAAUAAAUUUGUAGAGCACUAUUUGAGAUCCUUUAACUAGAUAUCCUGGGAUUGAACCUAAGACAUCUGUGUGCCAAACAUGCGCCCCAUUAUUGAGCAGUAAUAUUUCACUUUUCUAAGAUGCUAUAUCUCCUGAUGGAGAAAUAGCUUUCCUUUCUCGAUGGAGGACCCCACCCCCACUAUUUUAUUAUAUGUUGGCAUAUAAAUGCUUUUAUAAAUAAAAUGAAUAUAUUAUUGACAUUAAUUUAUUAGUAGCCUGCUAUAUAAUCAUUUCAAGGUGAUGAAGAAUAAAACCAGAAGAAAAAAAACAGCUAAAACCACAUAAAUAUAGCAUUAAGUUCCAAUUUUAAUCAAUUCUUAAAGGGGAAAAAAUCAUCUAAUAUGUUGAUGCCAUAAAACAUCCUGGCUUUCCAUUACAAAAUCUCACCAUUAUUAUUUCUGUAGACUUUGGUAUACACAAGCAGAUAUCCAGUGGCCAUUUAAGAAUGUAGUGUUUAGUUAAUGUAGCUCCAUUGAACUUGGCAGAGCCAUUAGCCUGUUUGUUCUUAAUUACCAUGAGAAACAAAUCAUAUUGGGUUAUGUGAGAAAUAUAAUUGACUUAGGUUCUUUCCAAGGCCUUGGCUUUCCCACUUCUUUUCUAGAUGUGCUGCAAUCGUAAUUCACCAAACAAAAGAUAGUUCCUAGAAGCAAAUAUUUUUCAAACCAUGGGUUAUGAAGCUGGCUUGUUUAACUAGCCAUUUUUUAAAGCAAACCAGGAUUCCUGGAUUAUAAUGCUAAAUUUGCUCUUGGAAAGUUAAACGUAACUAGGAGAAGUCUUCCUGGAUGCAUGGGAUGGGAAGGGAAGGGGGAAUACACCUGCCUGACACUUCACUUGAGCUCUUGGGAGGUUCAUCAACAUAAUGCUAAACCAUAGUUUAACAUUACAUGUGAAUGCAGCCAUUAGCUUUACUAGUCCUAGGCAAAUACAAGGCUAGGAACAGAUGAAUGCUCACCUGAUGAAAUGUGGCUAGAUUUGGCCCACAGAUUUUCUAAUGGAAAUCUUGCCUCUAGGAAAGUGAAGUUCAAUUGACUUCCAAGUUGCUGUGCCUUAGAUCCAGGGAUAAAAGCACUGUUCUACUUUCCUAAUGGUCAGAGCAAAGGUCAAGGUGGACGCAAGCCAAUCAAGUGGUUGAUGUUGAGUGCCAAGGGAAUUGUAAUGGCUGUUUCCGAGUGAGCAGUGUCAACAAUAAAUAUGAAAACCAUGAAGGACAAAUCCUCUGAGGCUGUUGGAAGGAAUCUAGAGUGCUGAUAUGAUUUAUUUCUACUGGCACUGUGGUUGAUCAUUUAAAGAUCCCACAGAUAUAAAAACAAAACCAUAAGCCACCAGCCACAAAAAGAAAGUAAGAUCAGUGGCAAUGUGCUGUUGUCUGCUUCAAUUUAAUUAAUCCUGGCAAGUCAAAGAGGACUGGGCAGAUCCCAAGAGACUGUCUUUUACCCAGAAAUCCACUCAACCUAAUUUCACCAAUGUAGGGCAGCAGAAGGACUUGGCGCUCAGCCUACAGGCCAUUAGCACAUAGUGGAGAUGGAGACAGCUGGGAAUGCUGCCCUCAGUUGGAACUGGUGCCCCCCCGCCUGACUCAGUUUUAUAGCAACCAAGUUUGUAUGUAUUCACAGCACUCAUUCAUUUCCUGAUAAAUGAAUGUGUACAUCCUCCUUGUCCUUUCAAGGAACUACAAAGUGCACCAAGAAGCAAGGUUCUUAAGAAGCUGUGCCAGCAGGAUUUUGCCUUAUCUGCUGAAGGCCUCUUUGUUUCCUGUAGUAUGGUACAGAAGAGUGCUGGUGAUUCCCAGGUGAAGGAAGAGCAUUGGUUAUUGGAAUCUCCAUGCACUAGAAAAAGUAAACUCUGUGUUAAUCACCUAUCAAGUUGUUCCUUGGUGCAGAGAGAAAAUGUUGAGAUUGCUCGAACUGGGAAUGGGUGGGGAGGCAGAAGUGGGUAUUGAAAGUAAAUGUAGAUUACUGCAUUGUUGGGAGUGAAAGCUAAUCCAGAGUGCCCAUCAUUUAUAAUUCUUCCACAAACCAUGGUUUGGGAAGCAGUGUUAUUAAACCACAAAGGGAUAAGAUGAACUCUCCUGGAUCAGACAAUGGUCCAUGUAUUGCAGCUUGCUGUUUCCAACUGUGACAAAGAGGAAGUCCGUGGAAGGGCUAUUAGAGGCAGACAGACAGAGGAGGAAGUCCAUUUUCCCUGAAUGUGCAAGGACAUUGGCCCACCAAAUUGUAAUUCUAUGCAUUUUCAACUAAAACCCAAUAAUUCUUUUCUAUUAAAAGUCUCAUGUUCCCAGGUGAACUGACAUGAAAAAGUCCUGCAUGCCAAAAUGAAGGGAUUUCCCAAAGGCCAAAGUUACUUUGGAAGAGCUGUCAAUGGCACCAGUGCAAGUAAUGCCCCUUUGCUUUGGUUCAGGGAAGCCUGGCUUUUUCUCACUUCAGUCUUACAAACCUGAUCUCUUCUGACUAAAUGUUUCUGUCACCCAGAUCACUUUCUAGUUUUUUUUAUUUAUCUGCAGUUGCUUCCAUUAUUAUUUUGGUCUUUAGAGGUGACCCAAUAGUAAUAGCUUAAUUUUUCUAUUAUACUGUAUAUGCCCUCUGUAUCCAAUCCCUUCUGCCAUGCCCCCUCCCCUGCUCUAUUUAAUUUUGCUCAGUGUAAUUAAUUAAUUCAGCGUAACUAUCACUCCCAGUUUCAUACAGUCAUCAGCUUCUGUUGGAAUCUCCAUUUCUCCCAUAACUAUGCCUAGAAAGGAUAAAGAAGUCAGCAAGGCAUGAGACUAGGACAUGUAGUAUGGGGGCACCUAAGUGGGGUUCUUCCCAAGCCACCCCCUUCACUGGCUCUGCUUCACACACCUCUUUGAAUGUGUCAUUGAACUCUAAUAAUACCUUUUGUGUGCCUGGAUGCAGAAGAAAGAGACAGUUGUGUGUAUGUGUGUAGAAACUAGCCUACUGUACAAAGAUAGCAUUUAGAUGCAUUGCUACACAGACACAGACACACACACACACACACACACACACACACACACAAACACAUUUGCCUUUGGCUCUGCCCACCUCUGCAAGAAGGGGAAAUGUUUUUUUUAAAAAUACUGUGGCCUUUUAAAUGUGUUUAUGGAAGGGGGUUGUUGGUCUGUUUUUAUUAUGUAUUUUGUGUUCUCAUUUUGCAUUUUUAUGUUGUGAACCAUUUUGUGAUCUUCGGGUGAAGGGCAGUAGACAAAUUUAACAAAUAAUAAUAAUAUGGCACUUGGUCUUGCUCACCUCCUAUAAAUUCAGAAACUGGUUCCACGUCAAGUUACAAAGCAAAAGGAUUCUGCGUUGCCAAUUUCUAAGACUAUUGGUCUACACAAUUUCUAAAUCCAUACACACACAAACACACAACAGCUAGGCCCAGGAGCUUUCUAACCUGCAUAGAAUUAGUGUACUGAAGUUCCUUUAUAACAAGAACAAGUAAUGUGUGCCUCACUCAGUCAUUCAAGUGAACACGUAGAGGCUUAAAGUGGAGAGGGGAUGAGGUGCACAUGAAAGCCCCAUUUCCAGAGUUGCAGAGAUCAACUGGAGUCCUCCAUGCAAUCAGAAAAGGGGGCUCAAUAUGCUUAGAACCCUGAUAGCACGUGUUCAGCCAAAUGUGCUUAGAAGCCAUCUUUGGAACUUUCCCUACUCAGGUCUGAAAUGGAGCCUUCACAUGGGGGGGCAUUGGGAGGGGGGCAUUCCGCCAACCCAAAUCUUCAAGGUCAUUCACUUGAACAUCCAAAUAUGGCUCUCAACCUAAUUUUUCCACAAGUUUCAAUGUGUGAAUCGAGGUUGGAUUUACAACUUUGCGUUUGUAUACCUUUCAGAUGCUGUAGAAGAAACCAAACCUUCUGAAAGUGCCCAGCAGGAAGAAGCGAAAGAAGACGAGAGCAAGGCGGACCAAGAAAAUGCCUGAACAUUAAGAAAUGACUCCCUGUUGCCCUGUGCUCCCUUCCUCUUUCCCCGUAUCUCCCCUCCCUCCCUCGUUCCAAUCUCACCCUCUCCCGCUCGCCCUUGGGCUGAGGCUGUCUGUCUUCCUUGUCCCCUCCGCGCCCCCCCUUAACCCUUUUUCUCUCUGUGUGGCAAACAUUUAAAGAAAAAAAAAGCAGGAAAAAUCCCAGUCAAACAGUGUGGCUUAAACAUUUUGUUUCUUGGUGUUGUUAUGGCGAGUUUUUUGGUAAUGAUGAUCCAAUCAUUUUGGGAAAAUUCUUGCACUGUAUCAGAAUUGUUUGAUCUGCGCGUGCGUGUGUUUGUCUGCCCACCACGAGUGCGCUCUCUCUCUCUCUUUCUCCUUCUCCCUCUCUCUCUCUCUCUGUUCCAAGUGUGUGCGCAAUGUUACGUUCAUCUGAGGAGUCCAAACCUAUUGAGUGAGUUAAGGAAAGGGAAAAACAAAACAAAAAAGAGAAUGAACAUUUUUCUUUUCUUUUCUCCCCUUUUCAAUGUGAUGAUGAUGAUGAUGGUGGAAUGAACUAAAGGAGGCAAAACAAACAAAGCAAAAAAGAAAAAAGAAAAAAAGAAAAAAAAGAAAAAGGAAAACACAGA